AGCGGGGCGGGUGCGCGGCGGCCCCAGGGGGUCCGCGCUGCGGCUGCCGGGGGGUCCAGCCGGGCGACGGGUGCCGGGGGUGCCCGCGGGACCCGCCGAUGCCGCACGGCCGGCGCUGGGCGGUCGUCGGGUCCGAAGUGCGCGGGGGCGACGGGUGCUGGGCGUCCCCCAGCCCGGGCUGGGGGCUCCGGGCUCGGGGCUGGGCAGAAACUUAAGUUACAGUCUGGCAGGAGGGCACGCUUUCCCGUGGGGACAGGGCUCCAUCCAAAACCACUAAACAGUUCGUUUGGAGGAAACCUUUACAACUCAAGUCACAAAAUGCUUUCCUGUAGGACACAUGAAUACCAGAUUUUUAAAAAUGAAAGCACUGCUGAAAGCCUUGCAGAGGAGCUUUGCUUGGCCAGCUUGCAUACUGAAAGCUUUUAAUAAAGAAAAUAUAUUGUCUUCCAACUGGAUGCAAAAAAUAGAGCUGAAUUAUCACUUCCUAAAUCUAUCAUGAUUUCUGGCUUUCAGUUAGGAAAGCUUUUGGUGGCAUUCAAGUGCCACAGCCAUCAUGUUCUGCUAAUGUCUUCUAAUCCUCAAGCAAAUAGAAGUCUGUUGGUGUUUAGUGGGUUUUGUACAUUUAGGGCAUAGGCAUACUUCAUUCUUACUUCAUGUGUACUUUAUGUAUAUAAAUUUAAUGCUUCUGCUCAGCCCUGCAUUUUGGCAGGGUCCUCUCUUGCAGCGGAACUGGGGGGACCUUCUAAAUGAAGCUAACAAGUAAAAUAUGCUUUGAAAUGGAGUGCAGAUGGGAAGUGUCUUAAGUAUUGUGUUGCACAAGAGUACGCUCUCUCUGUGUGCCAUUCAGCUCACAAAACUCUAGGUUUUAUGAACACAUCCGCAAUCUGAACUGGACUUUGCGCUGUUCAGAAAUAUCACACACUGAUGUCUGGAGCAGCAGCAGUUCUGAUGAGAAAGGUUAACUCAUCUCUCUCCUGACAGUACUUUUGAUGCCUGGCACCUGACCAGCGUAUUUGUUAGAAAUGAGUAUGUAAGUUUUAAAUUGUGAAAUAUUCUCAGAUUGUUGAAGAAGAAGAGUAACUGGUGUUCGCUGGCUCAGGUGGGUUGGUGUCUUAACUUUUCUAGAGCUGGUUUGUGAGUUAUAGAGCUGUCUAUCUCAUCCUAAAACAUUAUUGUGGAUUUCCAUUUCAUACUGACUGACAGUAACAGACUGAUAGUAAUACCCUUUAUAGUAGAAACUGAGGUUCUCUACCCCAGCUUCUUUACCCCCACACCUCACCCUUUCUUUGCAGCAGGGAGUGUCUCUUUGGCUCCAUCUCCUGGCUCAAAGAGAGGAUCCCCCUUCAUGUAGGGGACAUGGAGAGAUGGGAAGCCACCUGGGGGGAAUUGGUAAGAGGUGGGUGAGAAAGGUGGUGAAAGUUUCAUUUUGGACUUGAACUGUGACCUUGGGAACUGUGACAGCAGGAUAGCUCCAGCUUGCAAAUGGGGUGGGAAUUAGGUCCUCACUUUUUUUUUUCCUGGGAAGAGAGCAUGUCUCUUAUGUUACUUUUUGUUAUGUCUUGGAAAGAUUUCUGAUGUAGUGACUAAAUAUUGUAAUGGUAUUUAGAAAAUCAUAAUUUAGUAUUUCAUUCCUUGCAUGGAUCUGUUGGAAGAGUUAGUCAUCUUGCCUGAUAUAUCUCUGUGCAUGAUCUUUUGGUAUAAGUGUGUUAAUGACAUAUCCUUUAUGUCAUGAUUUUUCUGCAUGGUCAGGAAAGAGUGUUGCCUGCAAAUUAUUAAUACACUUGAAAUAUAAAACCUGUGGCAGUAGGGAAGGAUCUGGCUGUGAUUUAGAAGAUCUAUGACUAUGCAUGUACUUUGAGUGUGAGCAGAGGGAAACCCAUUUUUCAAGCACAGUGAGAUGGGCAGGAUCACUCCUUUGUGAAAGAUCUUCUGUAUGCCCUGUCUUUAGUGGAGAUGAACUUUUUUCAAGUGCAAAAUAGAGGAGGAAAAGAGCCUUAACCAGGCUGUAGAAUCAGAGUACCUGUCCUACCUGUGACAGCCAGACUUAUGUAUCUACUCACCAUACCCCAAAGCGAAAGGAGAAGGUGGCAGACUUACUUCUGAAACUUAUUAUCAGUCCUCGAGAUGCCGUUGAGGGGAGCAGAGCAAUGAGGUAUAACUUUUAGAAGCUGGCAGGUAUGUGAACUUGCAAAGAUCUAUUUUGUUUCUGCAUAGAUGUCCAGCAAAUGCCAAGCAGACCUAUGUGUGUCAGUGCAAUUUAAUGCCUCAUUGUUAUUAUUUAAAGUAUUAUAAAUUAUGUGGGUUUAGAGUGAGAACUGGCAAAGCCAUGAUGUGAUGUGGUUGUUACCUAUUUUUUUUUACUUGUGUGGCACUCUCAGUCAAAGUAGAUAUAACCCUCUCUAUGAACACAUUUUUCUUGCCCUGGUGCAGUGUCCCCUGCUUGCACGCAGAGAUGUUCCUCCCUACACAAGCAGUCUGGCAGCGGAGAAGCCCUGGGAAGAGGACAGUCUCUGGUGGGCUGUGAUGGCCCAGGGCUUCUCUCCGGUCAUCUAGAACUUCUCCCUUGAGGCUGAGCAUUGGCAAGCCUCUGGGAGCCUGUUAUGUCCACAGAGUUCACCACAGAGGGAAAAAAAGAUGCUUCUCAGCAGAUUUGCUCUGUAUAUCUUGUGAAGUUUGUGCCUAGCUUUUUGCCAUGCUUUGUGCCUGCUUACAACCACAGAGCCACCACCAACAGCCCUCCAAGACUGAACUGAAUUAUUUACGUAUCACCAUGAGACGCAUCAUCUACAAGAGAUUCCAGCUGCAGAAUGUGUGUGCGGCAUGUCUUGCUCAGAUGUUAUUUCCUUAAUAAAACUGCUUGUUUGGCAUGAAGAGUUGAUGGCUGGUUUGGGUACUGGUGUUUGUGUCCUCCCUCCUUCUAGCCCUGUAAUACAACAGCCAAGCUUGUUUUGUAAGUUAAGGCACAGUCCUGGUAGAUCUGUGAUUGCAGAGAACUUCAGGCGGUAGCCCAUCUGACACUUGUGGGUAGAAACGGAUGCUUUUGUGGGUACUGUGUGUCACGAAGGACGGCAGGAAGACAGCAACCCUUGAAAAAUGCUUCACAGGGCUUAACUGGGGACCUGCCUACAGCCAGCUUCAUGAACAUGCUGGCUGCAGGGACUCUAGUGAAGUCUGAAUUACCUGAAUGUGACCUGACUCCUCCACAUGAACUCAUGCAUGCAGGCGUUCAUUCACUGUGGGCUCAGCCACAUUUCUUCAGAGUUCUGUCACUUUUUUUCUUCCCUGUUCUUCCUCCUUCUCCAGACCUUGCCCUAUGGUGCCUGUCACUCUUGUCUGAGAGGUCUGGUUAACAGCAAAGCCUGCGCUGCCUGUGAGGUGGUGUAAAACCCAUGGAGCAGGGUUUGGUACCUCUGUUCUACCUGAUGGGUGUGAAACAUUGUGCUCGUUGUGGGAAUGUUGUCACUUCUGGAGUAAAUGCACUCAGUGUUUUGUUAGGGUAAGGACUUGUAACAGCCGGAGACUGCUAAUGAGGAGUAAUACAUUCAGUUAAAAUACAUGGUGGAAUUCCAUUAUUGUGGGCCAAAAUGUAGUAAAUGAGUGAGAGCUUAAGCCAAGAUUCAGGGAAAAUGUUGCCAUUUCUCCGGAGUGCUCUGUGGACGUCAUUAGUGAUCAGUGAUUGAAGUCACUUGUCACUUGAGCCAAAAGCUGGCACAGUCCUGGUCCAGUUUCCAGAGUUGUAGAGAACUGGGGUGUGUAGAAACACUUUGGCGUCAGGACCCAGCCUUGGUCCAUCUAGUGUCCCACAGGUCCAUCUUCAGAGCUUCUGCUUGUGGGGAAGCGCUUGUAGCACUCUGGGUUGUCUCAGUGCAGGGCCAGCUCAGGUCUUGUAGAUCCCCAGAGCAGCAGGAGAAGGUGGCUCUGCUGCUUCCCAACCUGGAUGGGAUGCAGUGUGCGUUUGUUUGCUUAGCCCUGUGCUGGAGUGACUUGGCCCAGGUGUACUGGCUCUGGACCAUGUCAUACCCAUGCCAUGUUUUAACAGUUCACAUUCAACUCCCUGACAAUGGGUGAUGGACUAAAUCUAAUGUAAAUGUGAAACAAAAGUUGAACACUGCAAGGGGAAGGCUGUUUGCCUAGCUGCCAGCAUUACUUUCUGGAUAUUUAGGUUCACAUUGACACAGUUUACUUGGUUUGUCGCACACCAUCUCAAGCACUUCCUACAGUAUGGAGAAGCUCUUGGCAGCAGCUAAGUCUACUGGAGCUGAAGAUUUGCAGCAACUUGCAGAAUUUGACCUUUUGUCUCAAGAAAUUGUGGCGUGGCUUCCAAGUACUACUGUGAAUAUGUACAAAAUAGACAGGGAAUAUAUCCUUAAAUCCCCACAGCUGCUGGUGAGAGCAGCGGGGCAGCGUUGAUGUUGCUGACACAGGAGUUGCAGAGAGGAGCAGGAAUCUCGGCCCACUGAACAGGAAGGAAACACGUUUUCCAGUUCUUGUCUGUAAUCCAGCAUGGUCAAGAAUGCUUUGGUGGGGUCAAACUUCUGUGCUGGUUGUUCACAGAUGAUCUCGCAGUCUGAGGAGGGAGUAAGGAUACCAAGCAAAAAGAUCUUUGUCCUAUGUCUUUGAACACUGACCUUCCUCUUUUGGGUACAGGAUGUUUUGCGAUGUGGGCUGAUCCUGUUAUAGCUCUUGUGCUCUUCUAGGUCAAAGCUGAAAGAAAAGUGGGGGGCAGGAUGCAACAGGCACAACAAAAAGUUAUGGAGAUUCUUAAACACACUGACAUGUAGGAAACAGCUUUUAAAAGAGUUGUUUAAAAUAUGAAUGAGCAUGAGAUGUAAAUGACUUGCUAAGAGGCCAGCUUCCAGAGACAGGGUAACCAUAGGGGACUGCUUGGCUUCUGCUGGAUAUUCUUCUGACUGGCUGAAGUUUCUGGCUCUUUUCCAGAUUCCUUAAUGUGAAAAUAUUUAUUGAACAUGACUUCUUGAUUCUGUGGGUCUUGACCAAUGACCUAGGGAUAAGCAUGAUUUGCUGAGCCUUUUUGGGUUUGAGUGCAGAACAGACUUGUUUGAUGACUAAGUGAUAUCUAUAGUGUAAAUUCUCCAUUACUUUAUUGAUGAUAAGCCAACUGAUAAGAAAUUGGGGAAAGUUGCUUUCUUCAGCAAAGGGAAGUUAUUUCUUAUAGAUCUCCUGUUAAGAAUGCUGCGAAGGAUAUAGAAAUGCUUUCUGUUCGAAAUCAUCUCAGCUUUUUCAUGUUUUCAUGAAAUAAAUGUGAAAGAAGUAAAAUUGUUUUGGUAGGAACCACCAGGUGUCUAACAAGACACAGGAGUGAUACAAGAGGUCUUGAAGACUUAAAACUGUGGUGCUUUGACGAAUUUCCCACGCUGAUGCCUGAAUAGCAGAGUAGGGAAGAAAGAGUGAGAAAGGGCCUGUAGGUGGGAUGGAGAAAUGCUUCUCUGGGGAGGUGGAUGCACCUGUGAGCAGCAAAGGAAGAACUCUGCAGUGCCUGCUGGUCAGAGCAGUGAGCUGAGGUAGAUGGGAUGGACCUUGUAGAGAAAAUGCAUGUGUGUCCAUGCAGCAGUGUCUUCUGGCUGCUUGAGGUGUUGCUGGGCUCUUCCAGGGGAGCUCAGCAAUUAUGGCGCUUCAAAGGGAAACCUCUCUUCAGGCCACUCUCUCCAGUUGGACUUAAAUGAAAUUGUGAUUUACACUGGUCUAUGGGAAGGUGCCUGUUCUCUCCUAGCUGUAGGCUCUGUUUUCAACUUUGGAUAAAGGCAGAUGGUAUCUCAUGUCUUCUCAAGUCCAGCUGCUGCAAUCCUGUUAAAGUGUUGCUUUCACUUAAAAACCAUGAAGCGCCUUCCAGUGCAGCUUCGAAGGCAGAAGUUUAGAUCAGCCAGGAUGGUUUCUGAAGUUGUCCUCUGGGGAAGAAACUUCUAAAGAAGCCGCCACUCAGCCGUGAUGCUUGAGCAGCCUUCCGGAAACAGCUGUUGAGGAUGCAGAAAGCUGAACUGGAAUUUGGUUCAUGGCUGACAAGUUAGUUUUGCCAUUAAAACUAAAAUUUAAGAGAGUCCAGCUGCCUGCAAAGUGCAGCAGCUGGCUUGAGCAGCCGGGGCACUCCUGGAGGAACAGAGAAAAGUAUGUUUUAUAUUGUCUUCUAUGAGCUCAGCUGCCCUUUAAAAGCAAACACAAAGUUGGCCAAAGGCAGCUGUUUGUGUUGCAGGUGAAUUGCAAAGGAAUACUUGAGGGACCUGGGGACACAUGCUGUUAGUUUUAAGAACACUUCACAGAUCUGCUUAUAAUUUAAUUCAGAUCUCAAAUGCUGUAAUGUAAGAACAGUUUUUCACUAUGUGAUCCCAUUGCUUAGCAAAGCCUCCUGCCAGUAUUUGGUGUUGUCUUUGGUGUUGCAAUGAGGACUUUUCUGAAUUCUUCCUGAAGAAGGGGAUGUUGGGUGCACUAGUCCCAGAGUUGCAGUGGAGUGAAAGGAACAGGUCGUGGUCAAGGAAUAGAGGGAAACCGAGCAUUUCUGUUUCUAUAAACUUUUGACUAGUGACUCAUUUUCUUCUCAUGACUAGAGAGUUUAAGUCUCACUUAAUGACCUGAAAGUACUGCACAUUUUGUUGUAAGGUUUGAAACUUGAGUGGAGUACAGUGACCACACAAAAAAAGGUACAUAUGAAGUCCAUCUGUGGGCAAAAUAUUUGGGGGAUUGAAAGGGGAAACCCGGAAUGAGUUGGUAAUGUUGUUUGAGGCUCUUCUAAAUAUGAGGUGGUAGUGGGAUGGUGGAUUCAUGGAAGAAAAUCUCAUAGGGGUAGUCCUCCUUCCUUGCAGAUAUAGCCUAUUGGUAGCAGUUGUGCAUGGAAAUCAUUUGGAGUCUAGUUUCUGUUUAUCCUUCUACACAAGCAUCGUAAACUGCUCUUGAGGUGGUACAUAGGUCUCCACAGCAACAUCUGGAAAAGGUAUUUGUAUAUAAAUAUCUGAGCAAGAUGGUUUGGUGUUGUAUGGGUAUCCCCCUCCUUUUGAUGUGGCACUCUUGCACUCGUCUCACGCUCGCUGACUGUCUGCAGAAACACUGUCUGGAAGGGUCGUGUCAAAAGCAUCAGUCAUGGGUUUUUAUAGUGAUUGACAUUAAUUAGCCUCUAUGUUUUCCUUCUCUCCCCUUAUCCCCUUUUUAACUUUGUGUUUUUCCUUUGAAACAGCGAUUAAUUUGGAGGAGCAAGAUUGUAAACUUCCCUUAUUUGAACCUGCUUGCACUGUUAAUUUUAUUGGGCAAUGUUGGGGGAUAGUGGGGGAAUUCAGGCAUGAUAGUGAAUUGCUUGCUAUCACAGUGAUGGUUUUUAAAGCCUCCAGCUGUAACUAUCUCAUUUCUUCCCUCUGAAGCAUCAACCUACUCCUUUCCUUGAGUGGUGUUUCCCUUCUGCCUCUAGUCAUUUCGAGUGAACUGCCUUGCUCUUCACCAGCCUCCCUUCAUCCUCCUCCUUGGACUUGAUUUGGGCAUAACCUCAAGUUUUCUGGGGAAAAGUCAUCCCCUUUUCACGGUGUAGUAACUAGGGAAGCCUAUUCAUAUCCCAUGUAGCCUUUACUGUGUAUUAGUAGCUCUGGGCUCUCCAUAUGCUUAAACACCCUGUCCCUCUGGUGACAGCACAAGUCCCAGUGGCAGGUGAGGGAGGUCUGGGAGGUUCUGGGGUAGCGGUGCAGCUCCUGCACCUUGGUUGGUGGACUCACUGGGCUGUGUAUGGUGAGGAGGUGUGUUAUUGGGACCAGCUUUGGACCUCCUGUGUGGUUGGCCUUGUUUUGGGCUGUCUCAGGCAACCAUCCUGUAGAUUUUCGUGCACUGAACAAUCAGCCUUCUACCUAAUUUUUUCUUUUGGCAAGCUUUGCUCUAACAGUAGUCUUCUGGUGAAUAUAAGCCUCAAGUCCAGCCUAAACCUCCUUAUGGCUGGUUUAUACUUCAUUAUCUUUCCUUUUUGUCUCCAAAGAGAACCUUUGUUGUGCUCUAGGUGCAAAGCCAACGUCUUUUUGUCUCAUGAGAGAGGUCAUCCUGCUGACCUUUUCUUGCGCUAUUCCAAUUUCACUUAACCUUUCAUGAACUCAAUAACCUGAAAUUGCACAUUUUUCCAGCUGAGACCUUACUGAUGUCUUAUGAUGUCUCACUGAGACCUUGGGCUCUUUUACACGCUUGGCAUGAGCCACUAAACCAUUGAAGACUUUCUCAUUCUAUGUCACUUCCAACUGUUGAACUCCCAAGCUGCAGAACAGAUUUCUUUAAUCCCAGAGUGCCUGACUGUGCUUGGCUUUAUUAUAAGCUGUGCGUCCUGUCAGUUGUUUUAGUCCUCAGAUGUUCUGCAUAAACUUCUGCCUGUCCUCUGAGUUGACAGACUUUCCCAGCUAUCUGUUGUAUGCAGAUUUCAUUCGCAUUCCUCUACUUUCCCUAUCAAGGGAAUUAGCGGAACUGCUGGAUGAGACUGUCCCAAGGCAGAUCUUUUAGGAAAUCUGUUUAUAGUUUGUCUUUCUCACCAGAACUUCAACAUCUGCGUAAGAUCCUCUUCUUCUGGCUUUUGGGAGGUGGAGUUUGGUUUGGCUCUGAUGUCUGUCUUAAAUAGUAAACAGGAUGGAUGGUGGAGCUGGGCUGGUGGGUGAUCCACGUGCAGGCCAGCACUGCAUGUGCAGGGUGUUGGCAGCAAGCAUACAUGUGUCAGAGCCGUGAUGUUAAGUAUUUCCUCUUGGAGGGUGAAAAAUGGCUUUUAUUCUGGUCUGUUAUUAUCAACACUUGACAGUUCCUGGAGAAGAUUUUUGUUCAUCUAAAAAAAAAUAUAUAUAUGGAAAAAAUUAUAGAUACAUGAAACCAGUGAUGUGAAUGUAAAGUGAGAAUGGUGUUUUUAAUUUAUGCUCUUAUUAACCGUAGGAAUGACUGGACCUGAAAAUUAUCAAUUCUGUCAGCUCUAAGUAUUGAAGUCAUUACUGAAAUAGUAUUGUCACUAUCUCACUUGCUUACAUGAGUGUGUUAUCUGGCAGAAAUGGUCUUGAAAACCUUCAUCUGUGGCUAGUGCCAAAAGGCCAGAAUAGAUCAUCUCCGUGGGCCUUGUCCAAGUGGAGUUCCAGGUAGGAGAAGAGUACUGUGGUCUUCCAGCCCUUCUAAAAGCAAAAAAAAAAGCCCACCAAGUGGGCCAUAAAAAAAAAAAAAAAAGGCUAAAUUUUGAAGCAUAUAUGCAAUAUGCCUAAAAUGGCCAGUAAUCUGAAUUAUUAAUAGAGAAUGCGACAGAUCUAGGGCAUUAGCUUUACGUGUUUCAUGGACACGUGUAUCGGAGAGAAAGAUGGCUGUACUUGUAUGAUGUUUGCUAAAACAUCAUACAGAUUGGUGUUUGAAGGAGGUGAAGUACUCCAAAUCCCCUCUUAACUGCCAUGUUUCCUUUGUUCAGCAGCUUUAAAGCUCACCUGCAGAAUUCUAGCAGAUAAAAUGAGCAAACAAGCCAUUCCUGGUGGCUCAGUGGGAGAUCAGAAACUCAGUGGCAUCUGUGAGAUGUUCAGCUGAGGCAGUGAGUCCAAGCUAUGAUGAUGUGAAAAUGGAAAGCAUUUGCUGUCCAGCCACAAAAAUCCACAUGUGACAAUUCGGUCUGUGUUUGUGUACUUGAAGAGACAAUUUGGAGUUUUGUCCUUGUAUUAAUAUCUGGAGGAGGAGUCUGUAUUCAACUAAUCUUUUUCUUUUAAAGAAUCAUCUAAAGGUAGGACUUUUAUUUUCCUUAAUACCUGGUGUCUGUUCCCUGCUGCUUGUCUGCACGUUUGCUUAUUGGGAUGCCAACACUGGGUUCACAGAAUCUCUGUUGAAGUAAUGGAAAAGCCAUAAUAUUGGGUCAUUACUAUUUAGUUGUUUCUGUAUCAGCCUUUUCAGUACAGGAUUCUCUCGUUUUUUUAAUGGCUCUGAGCUCUGCAGAGACUGAGCCAUUAAAGUCACACGGUAGAGGGUUUUUAUCACUUAGUUAUUUUUUUCUGCUUGAAGUCUAAUUACUUUCCACAAAAGUGUGGAAAACCCCAGUUCUCAAGAAGGUUUAUUUGAGGGAACAUUUGUACUUUGGGUGGCCAGCAUAAGAGGCUUUGACCCACAGCUUUAGACCUGCUGAACUGUGAAGUUUCUGCAAAAAUCCUUCCCAAGCAGCAAGCCAGUUUUUGUCCUGCCACCUGCAUGCAGCUGGAGUUUAAAUGGUGAUGGGAAGAGGAACAGCUGGGUGGGGAUGAUUGCACCAGUCUCUGAGAGCUCUGGCAUUGUCCUCAUUUUUGGAUCUGGUGCUUUCUCCUCUCCACUGGAGUAGAUUUUUGAGACCUCACGACCGCAGCUGUGGCGUUGCGUGGGUUGCAUAGCUGCAAAACAGCCCGGCAAUGUUAAACGGAGGAUUCUCAUUUUGACCCCGUGAUUUAAAACAAACCAUCUUAACAUGUGGUUGUGGCUCGUGUGUUGGCACUUUCCAGCACUUGCAGUUUCAAAACAGAUGACUGAAAUCAUAGUGGUUUUUAAGAGCGCACUUGCUUUCUCCCUGAGGUUUCCCUCCUCACGACGUGGUUCCCUUCUCUGGUGCCUCCCGCCCCCCAGGGCCCUGCAUGUGCGGUGCCUCUGUUCCCCAGUGUCUCUGCUAUGGAGCUGCUGCCCAAGGAUCAAAUAUUUCAGAUAUUUACAUUGCUGCAAAUGAGUUUCCUGUGUCGUUUAGCGGACCUGAUGCAGCACACGGGAAAGAGGUGGCAAAGCUGAAGGUGAGCAGCAGAAACAACUAAUUUGUCUUAUCGUACUAAGAUUUGUAGUGUUUGCUGUCUUGUAUCUUAGCCUCAUUUAAAGUACACACUUAGGCAUGGCUUGUUAAUACAAAGCAUGCCAAAUCUCCGUCACUGAGUUUAUGGGUGAGGCACAGGGCUAAAGUCCUGUCUUAGCUCCCAUAUAGGAUUUUCCUUUAAUAAGGUUGGUGGAGCAAUAGCUUAUCGGGACUUUGGGGCCAGAUCCUCUCCUGGAAUAAAUAAAGCUAAGCUCAUUUACAGCAAUUGAGCAUUAAUCUCUAUAAGACUUUUCUGAAGAUACAUUGCAGUGAAUGUAACAAGGAAGAGGGAUCAUUAUUUUCCAAGAGAAGUGAUGGAUGAGAGCACAUUUCCACUACACAAUUACCAUCGCUCUUUAUUUUUAAUCACAUUGCUGGAAACAUCUAGUGGCCACUGCAAGGGCAGUAUUUGUGAAUGGAAGAUGCAUAUAUUCAAAACAGUAUGAGCCGGGCAGUUUUCCUUUCUUAGAGUAAAUCUUGCCAAAUACCUAAUUUUCAAAGAUUAGACUCCUGAAGCACAGAGCUGAGGGUAUGAUUGGCAGGAGGACAUUCACGGCUCAGUAAUGAAACACUGAUGUAUAAAAUGGUAAUUGAUCCCGGGAGCACUGCGAGCACCGAGCCAGAUCAUGUUAUGUGCGGAUUCCAGUGCAGCAGCGGAAACUAUACAAAUGUUGGCAAAGAGGGUUAAAUGUUGGAUUAACUAACCACAUUCUGCAGAGAUGGUACUAAAAUGAAAUACACUGUUCAAAAUUUUGGGGGUGGUUUGUUACAGAAGUGGUUUGCCAUGCAGCUCUAAACUCUAUGCAUUUGUCUCACAGAUGUGACUAGAGGUGCUUUGUUUAUUAGAGAGGACUGCUGAGAUUUAUUGAUAAGUCUAAGCCUGACCAGUCCCAAAAAGUCACUUUGGAAGUUAAUGGUAUUUUUAUGCAACUAUAUGUGUUAUUUCACUUGUGCAGAUCCUUUUAAGCAUAUAGCUUUCUGAGGAAAACUUAUUUUUUCUGUGUUAAAAAGGCUGAUACAGCACCUCAGUUCCAAAAUAAUAACAAAAAAAAAUAAUCCCCACCCUGCUGCUGUUUUUAGACAUUUGCCUUUGGCUUGGUUGCCUCCACUCUCCAUGAAAUCCUAACAAAACUGGUUCUGUGCGGGAAGUUAAGCAAACAAGACACAGCAAUUGUGAUGAUAGUUUUCUUACACAGGGAGGACUGUGCUGGAGCUCUUCUGUUUCUGAUCUACCUGGAGUGAUGGUGGCUCUGUGUCCCCAUGGGCAGAUGUAAUUGCAGGUUUGGGGCUUCCCAUGUUUACUGGCUUGUUUGGAGACAAUCCAGAGUCCUUUCUGCUGCACUGAGAGUGGAAGGGUGCCUUGAAAAUACUAUUUUCUUUUUUUUUGGUGGGGGAGGAGGGAUAGGAUCAGUGAGGUUUAUAUGGAGGCAUCUAAGCUCUGCAUAUCUUAAUCCUAAUACAGAGGCUAUAGGAGAGUGUGCUCACUGCAGGCUAGACCCCACCAUACCUCUGCAAUGUUCCCCAUCAGAUGUGUGUGAUUGGUGGUGCUUACAAAAUAGUUCUCCAGCUUUUCCAAAGCAGUAAAAAUCACCAGUGUGGAUGGGACAGAUACCCCUCAUCAAAACCUGUGAGAAGUUGAAGUAGCCAGCCCCUGAUGCAGGAGGAAGCAGAGCACAUGGGACAAUUAGCUAAUUAGCUCGUCUUUUCUCCACCAAUUCUCUUUGCAACUUUGGAGAAAACAGAAUGUAGCAAAACUCUUUGCCUGCAGAAUGACUGAAAGCGGUCUCCUUGUAAGGGUAAUUUUGGAAAAUGUGCAGGUAAAUUGGUCACUUUGGAGGGCUGAAGCUGCUCGGUUCCCAGAAAACAGAGAUGUCAGUCCCAGUCAUGGUGGCCACCAGCUGCGGUCAUGUUGUUGCCAGUUGGGUGGUAGAAAUUCCUGAUGGAUGAAGCCGUGGACGAUUUUCAAAACUGCUGUGUAGUCUCCAAGAUGGGCUGCAGAGUCUUCUUCUCUUCAUUUCUUUCAACAACUGCCUAUUGUGUCUGAAAACAAUCACUCAGUUCUUCAUUUUAACCGUGGCAAGAUUGUAAAUUAGGCUACUUCCUUCUUUUUUUUUUUUCCCUCCUGCAUUGCUGAAUCUUAAAUCUGGUGGAAGCUGACAUUUCUGCCUCCCAUGCUGGGAUUGAGAGCCUCUAUUUGAAUCUGCAUUGGGUUUGGGGAAUGAGUUGAUGCGGGUGAGCAUUGGUCUGGGAGGCUGGGUGAAGGUGUGACAGGGUGGCAUGAAAACGCUUGUCUGCUCACUCAAAGUCCUGCAAAUUCCAGUGGCACGGGAUGACAGCGAGGACACAGUCUACUUUACACAGACGAACACACUCGUCUACUUUAACUUGUGCUUGCUGGAGUCUGCACGUACUUGUAGACAUCUUGUGAAAUCAUCAGGUGCUGCUGCUGCUGAGCAUGUGUCUGUCCUACAUAUAACACAACCCACAAACACAGCAUCCUGAGCUCCCAUCAGUUCGGGCAGUAGCAGUUAAGUGCUGCUGCCAAGUUUCGUGGUGGUCUGGGUGUUGCUUGUAUUGUUUUAGCCUAAUCUUGUAGGGCAACAGGAGUUUUGGACAUGCUGCAAGUACCGCCAGUGUCCUGUGAAGCUGUUUAAUAAUGGAUAUUUAUGGGCACAAUUGGAAGCACAAUUGUUACGGUAAGCGCCAUAGAUCUUCAGUUAAUCAGCAUGCCUUCAGCCAGCCCUGGGAGCUGACGUGCAGAGCGGGUGAUGACGCAAAUUAAAAUCCCGCUCUCGAAGGCAGAUGGGGAUGCAGCAGCACAGUUGUGCUGGUUGGUAGAGCUCUACCUGUUUUCCGACCUGCUGGAGUUGUGAGAGGAUUGCCACCCCUGUUAAAAAAAGCAGAUGGCAAGAACUGUUUGUUUUGGUUUGGUACUUAAUUCCCCUGUAUCUGUCAUUGCAGCUGCUGGCUGUGGGUUUUGCAUUACUUGGUUUGGAGAAGAGUUAGCCAAAUUAGUGUCUCACUGACUCCCAUUCUGCCUCACUACAUUGUGUUGUUUGCAUUAUAAGCAUCCCAGGAUGAUGUUUAAAUCCAAAUAAAACAGAGUUGUCAUGGCAAUUAAAAGAUAAUUGGGGAAGUGCUUUUGUUGUGCUUGUAUGAUGCUGCAUUCAUAGAAACUUCAACUAUGGGUGGGCUAAUACAGUUUUUUUUUUUUUUUAAGAAAUAAUGAAAUCUGAAUUUGGUGGAUAACCAUCUAGUGGUGAUGGAGUAAAAUCAUUGUAGCUCAUACUUUGAGCCUUUAGGCACCUUGCAGCCUCCAAGAGCCCUAGUGCACUAUGCAGGGCAGACUUGGCUCUGGGGUUUCCUUGUACGUUUUUUUGGGGUUGUUGUUCUUGUUGUGUUUGGUUUUUGUUUGUUUUCUCCUCCAGACUGUGCCACUUGCUGUGUGGUUUGUGGCUGGUCGCUUCCAGUCUCUCUGAUUGCCGCAUUGCAAGUGAGGAAAGAGUCGCCGUUUUCUCCCGACAGCACUGUGGCCAUCACCAGCUGACAGAUGCUCAUGAAGUUAGGUCAGUGGUGCUCCACUGCCAGAUGAUUGUAGUUAACAAAAUAUUUAUAGCUGGAUAGAGCAUUUUUAAAAAUUUUAUUCUUUGGGUAUUGAUUGAUUGACUUUUAGCUGAAGCCAGUACAUUUUUGGACAGAUGAGAAACAGAUUUUUUGGUAAGGAUUCUUCUUGUGUCUGUUUGCUUUAAAAAUGCUUUUAAUACUUGGCUCAACGGAAUUUGAUCUUUUUUUUUUUUUCUUCUGAAGAUGAUCAUUUAAUAGCAUGUUGUACAUUAAAGCUAAUACAGGUAUUUGGAGUUGUCUAUGUAUGUUUUUAACAGAAAAAUACCUUGCAUGCCAGCAAUGCCAUCAGCUCAUUCUCUCCCUUUAUUCUCAUAUCAUUUCAGUUCUCUAAUGUUUUACAGACAUACUUUCUUAAAAGCAGGAUUGUAGGUCUAUGUUUUAUGUUAUAGUUCUAUUUUCCUGAACAAAUCUUACCUCAGCACAAGUAGAUUAAAUAUAAACAGGGUAAAUACAAAGUAUAAUAAGUAACUAGUGACAACUGUUUUAGUGUAGACAUUGUAGAAAUAAGAUACAUGUUUAUUUUAGAAUGUCUUCUAAAAAUUGAAUGGGCUAAUUUCUGAAAGUAUUGGAAAGAUUUUAAUAUGAAGGAGAGGAACACUAAAUAUACAGCUGAACUAGGCAAAAUGCAAAGUAAAAAUGGUGUGGUCAUCAUCUGUUAGCAGUGUACCUCUAUGAGGAUUAUCAGGGGCUUAAUGCAGAAGUCACUUGAUGAAAUUUGUCAUGUGGUGUGCAAAAGGUCAGACUAGAUAAUUGCAGCGGUCUCUUCUGUCCUUAAAAGCUAUGAAUCGGGUAGCACCAGCCACGUUUCCAGCAGCAUAGGGCACAAAAAGCAGGAAGGUCCUUAUUCUGAUGAGUUUGCAAUCCAAACAAGAUAGAUACAGAAUAAACAGGAUACGCCGGAGAACUCCAGAAAGGAAAUUACUGGGAUGUGGUUGCUUGUGAAAAUACAGCCUUUGAGAGAGCACUGUAGAUUUAUAACCUCUGGGCAUCACGUAAGCAAUGAGCAGAGAGGAGGACUCUGAGUGGACAGAGUAGUGCAUAGCAGCAAAAAUGACGGAAGGCAUUUUAUACAUUGAGAAAAGAGGGGAAUGGAAAAAGACCACAAGGAUGAGCCAGUUGGUGUCCUUGCUAGUGGAGAGGAGAAAAAUGACUAAAGGCUGCCUGGACCUCAAAGAGGGUUGACUCAGUCUGGGCUAUCAAGGCAGGCCUGUUGAGUAAGAGUUAUUUGCACCCCCUGAAAGUGUCGUUGGUCCCACAGUGUCUGGUACCCAGGAUGGUGGUGUGGCUGAGCUUUGCUCCUCUGCUCAACUCAGCUCCAGUGGACAGGGAUAAGUGUGGGUUAAGGCUCUGAAAGUACAAAAGUCCUCUUAUCUGCUAGCAAAGGGAAAUGAAUAGGGUCAACCAUGUUGCCCUGGCAAUUUAAGUGGGCUACGGACUGGGUUUUGAGCUCUCUCGAGCCUGAGCAUAUGAGAUUGUGGCCACAAACAAUAGGCUGUGGCAGCCAACUCUAGGAAUCCACGUUCAAAACAAUUACAUCUCAGGCCCUUUUAAUACUAAGGAUGUAAACUGAGGAAAAUAUGUGGCCUCUUUUGACUGAUUAAAGAUGUAUUCUGACAGCUGCUAAGUGCAAGCAGUGCAUUAAAUAAUGGCAUGCCUUCUGUCUCUUGGCAGCCUGUGUCCUGCAGGUACACAUGAAUGGGUACCUGCUUUGUAGAUGCAGUCAUGGGUUUGUGUGCAAAGAUCAGACCCAUGUGCAGGUGUGGAUUUAGCAGGGGUCACUUGCCUCACGGGGACCUCUGGAAAGAAUCAGCACCUGAAUCCAGUCUGUAUUGUUCUGUUUAAAAUAUCUUUUAAAUGGCAGGUAUUCCACACGAUAGAUUCUUUUUUUCCAUGUGCGUUGAAAGCAUUUUAAAACCAUUUAAAAAAAAAAACAUCCACGUUAAUAUAACUGUAUGGAUGCAUUUUAAGAAAGUAUUGAGAGCAGAGACAGGAGACUUUGGGAGCGUGCCAUUUGCUGCCUCCCAUCAAACGCCAGUAUUUGCUAGCAGAUGAGGCUUUUGGAUAUCUUCUCAGCGGUCAUGGGGUUCAGAGCGGUUUCUGCCUUGUGAUGCAGGAUGUGGGAUUCCUCUGGGUGCUGUAAAUCUUUUACAAUUGAAGAGGGAUGGAUUGCUUUAGCUGGAAGAGAUGAGCAGAAACACAGGCGUGCCCCUGGUCCUCUCUUCUUCUCUGGGUGCUGAAGACCAGCAUGCUUCAGGUGACCUGCGGAGAUGGAAGAAACUGCAGGAGUAGCCCGGAGUGGGCUGCGAUGAGAUGCUGGUGAGAGCUCAAUGGGGUGAUGACCAGAAGCUAAUUUCCAGACACCAUAAUAGUGAGGAUAUUGAGCCACUUAGCAAAUAACUCCUGAGAAGCCACUCAGAAAAUGUCUAUAUGUGUGUGUGUGCAGUCAGGGAGGUUUAGGUAAGUAGCUCCUGAGGGUGGUCCAUGAAGUCUGCUUUACAUCUCCAGUAACAGUCUCUGGUUGAGGUGAAUCACUGGGAUUAAAAAUGGUACGAUCUGUAUGAUGAUGUUUUGUCUGUUCUUCUCUCUUCCUGCGUGUUGGCAUCAUGAGAAGGACCUUAUCCACGUAGCAUUUAUUUGGCUGCUGGCCUGUACCAAAACUGAUUAAAUUCUAGCCAUUACUGUACAUGAGUACUACAUUAAUUUUCCAAGAUCCUUUUUUCACUCGUUCAAAUAAAUGAAAUACUUCAUUAUUCAUGGUUUUUUUUUCCCCUCAUUGCAUGGGACAGUAUGGUUAUCUAGUAUCUGCUGGUCUUUUAAAGUCCUCCUGAGAGACCUCACGGUUGAAGUGCUAACUUGAUCUUAGCACAAAAUUAUGGUUUGAAGUCCUGUUGCAUUAUUCUGUUGUGCAUGGGUUGGAACCUGUGUUUCUGUGGAGCCUGGGGUGAGUACAUGAUGUAGACGCUGCUAACAGUGAGAGCAACGAGGGAUCCCCUUCUCCUCUGGCUGCCGGCUGCUCGGCAGAAGAAGCAGAAGUGAAGGAGUAAGCUAAAACAGGGCCUAAAUUGUCAUCAAAGCCCUAGAGAAGAUGGUUGGCCUGGUUAUUGAUCCUUAGCUAAAGGGAGGGCAUUUGUCUGUUGGCAAGGCAUAAGUCCUAUGAAGCUGGUCAAAUAAAUCUGUCUGCUUUUUGCUAGAAAAGCAAAAUUCAAAUGAGACUUGUUAUCUGCAGGGUUUGUAUAUUUAGGAGUUGUGUUAAAUAUCCUUGUUAGCUUAGUUUCUUAAAAGAAAUGCUCUUGAUCUUACCCUUGUACGAUCUGGAAGGAGUCUGAAAAUAAAUAACACAUUCAUAAGGUUCAGGCAACAACUUCUGAGUACUCUGGGUUGACAGCAUCUGUCACCGUGACCUGGUUGGGACCUGGUUGGUGCCUGGUUGGGACCCUCCAGAUGACCUUUCUUGGACUUCUGCUGGUAGAGGCUACCAUUUUAAAAAGCAGUCCACAUGAUUAAGGAGUAUUGCUCUCUCUGAUAAUGUUCAGCACAGCUUACACUUGUCAGACACUGGAAUCUAUUUACUGAAUUCUUUUCAGACAAGUCGUUUUUGGCACUUCGCAAAGUUUCUUUCCAUGUGUCCUCACUGGCUCCAUGCUAAUUUAUUCAGAAAGGCUUAGCUCCAAAUACAUGAGACAGUAUUUUCAGUGUUUCCUACUGUCUGGACAGCACUGCAUUUGGAGAAUUCCUGCCUCCUCCCUCCCUUCGUGCCCUUAAUUUCCUUUGGUAAAUGUGUGAUGAUGUGACACAGCCUAUAUACUUACAUUAAAUGACAUUGCAUUGUAACAGGAAAACAGAUCUCCAUUGAUAGCCUCGCUGUUGGGAAACACUUGAUAAGCUCAUGGUAUCACUACAAUAAAUACAGUUGAAGUGCCUUUGACAAAUGACAUCUCUGAAUUUUCUACUCCUUAGUGAUUCCUGUAGCCCAGAGGAUACAAUGAAUUAGCUGAUCUAAGCUGAAUUGUCCUAAAUAUCCUGAUUGUUUCUAAUGCCUGAACCAGUAGCAGGAACAGAGGAAAACUGUAAGGAGAAAGGGACAGAAAAUUAUAGGGUAUGCAAAAAGAGAGAUUAUCAGGUCUGAAGGGCAGUUGUUUCCAUUUAGUCUGACCUUGUGUCUAGAAAGAAGCCGUAGACCUUCUUGAAUGACAUUUAAAACAUGUAAUCACUUAGUCCAAGCUUGGGGGGGGAUUUUGUUCUCCUUUAGUUCAAACACUGUAAGCAGCUCGAAUAUCCAUCUGUGUGGCUCUCAGCAUCACAGUACCUGAUUGCUCGUGGCGGAUUAACAAGAUGUAGAAGUUAAACUAAGGAGGUGCUUUUGAUCUCUUUUACAAUCUAGGAACUAAGGCACAGUGUCCCCAGCUCCCCUCCCCAUGAAAGUGCUUAGUUGGAGCGAGAAUAAUGUUAAAACAUUCGUAAGCACCAAAAAGUCUUUAUAUACUCUGCCAGCAUGGAGCUCUGUCCUGUCCUAGCACCAGGCAUCCCUUGCAGUAUAACUUGCUCGUAUAAGCCCGGAACCGGUCUCUGUUUUCCAGGGCAUCUCAGCUGCUUUGCAGCACACGCCCGGUGCCCUCGUGGUUGUGUCGGUAACCUCGGUGCUGAUCUCAUGCCUGGACCUGCUGUUGUAAUUCACAAACUGCGUGUUCUUAGACCUAAUUCCCCACAGGUCUGUUUGGGGAGGUGAUCUUGGGUGUGCCAACCAGUCGUGCAUAUAUGCACAACAGGGACUGUGUGCAGGUGAGCUCUUGUGGCCACUCUUUAAUUAAAAAAUAAAAAGUUUGGAGGAGGUCAUGCCUGGCUUUCUCUGUAGUAGCCCUGUGGUCAGUGCAGUUGCUCAUGGACAAUCGCAUGGGAGGAAGUUGUUAGCCUGAAUCCAAAUAGUUUCUGUUUUGUAAUGUAGGUUUUGCUUUUUUAUGAGCGGGAAGCUAGAUGCAUCCUGUUAGUUAGCUGUUGAUGUUCCUUUGUUGCAUCUAUUUGGCUCAUGCCUCCUUAGCCUCUGUUGAGACCUUUGGCAAUAAAGAUUUUCUUGGCAAAGACAAGAUAUUAUUUUUUGGGAAUCAGGUCAUUUGGAUCAGUUAGGAAAGGGAGCAAACCAAAGCUUUUGAAUUUAAGGAAGUCAUCCAGAGAUGUCUUGUUUUUUUCACUGAGUGAUGUCUUAGCUACGUAACAUGUGUUACUAAAUCUGUCUUUUGAGUUUGGUAAUCCUUAUGAGAUCCUACUAGUCAACCAGGUUUUGUGUUUGAAGAAAAACACGCAAUUAAGUGAGGAGGCAUUGGUUUCACCUGCCUACUACAAAGAGCCUGUUGAUGCCCUCCCAGUAAAUUACAACUUUAAGAAGGCAGUGAUUCAUCUUUGCAAGCACAAGUGGGAGAACACUUGUUUGGCAAAAGCAAUAUUUAGACCUGUUUGCACACUUAGUAUUUUCCUGUAGAAACUCAGGAAGGGAUUAGCACAUGGUGUUUCUCCUGAAGCCUUCAGAGAACCCUUUCAGAGGAAAACAGGAAUGUUGUGACCUCAUUAAUGUUUAUAAAUACGUAAAGGGUGAGUGUCAGGAGGAUGCAAGCAGGCUCUUCUGGGUGACAACAAAUGGUAAGGCAAGGGGUAAUGGGUUCAAACUGGAACACAAGAGGUUCCACUUAAAUUUGAGAAGAAACUUCUUCUCAGUUAGAGUGACAGACACUGAAACAGGCUGCCCAGGGGGUUUGUGGAGUCUCCUCUGGAGACAUACAAAACCCGCCUGGACACAUUCUUGUGUAGCCUCAUCUAGGUGUUCCUGCUCUGGCAGGGGGAUUGGACUACAUGAUCUUUUGAGGUCCCUUCCAAUCCCUAACAUUCUGUGAUUCUGUGUUUCCCCUCCCUUUCCCUUAGUUGUGGCCAUGGUUUUUCACACUACCCUUGUGCUGCUGCCAGCACUUGCGUGAGCACGUGGUUGAACAGUUCAAGGCCACAGUGCCAUUGAAAACAAAUCCUCCUUGCUACACUCUGAGGUGGGUUUUUCAUAGAAGAGACCUAGAAAGAUCAUCUGGUCCAACCUUUCAUGGGAAGGAGAUCUUAGAUGAGAUUAUCUAGCACCCUUCCCAGUCACCUCUUGAAGACAUCCAGGGAUGAGGACUCUACCAUGCCACUGGCAGGACAUAAUUUUUAAUUGCAUAACUUCCUGGUUUGCUUGUGGAGCGGCUGCAUGUGCCCUGGUCCUGCCAUGUGGGCAGGAGUGCAAAAGCACGUAGGCACAGCACUGUGGUGGGCCUGAUACAGGUUGUCCUAAUCCUUCUUCUGCUCUCAGCUCUGCCAUGGAUUUGCUGUAUGUCUUCAGGCAGGUAUUUUAAUCCCAUCUCAGGUUUCUCCAUGGCACAACAGGGAUAAUGCUUGGUGACCUGUGUGGUGCAUGGGGAUGCAUUGGAGCUUUAGGUAAUCUGGUUUAGCAUGUGGAUUAAUAAGGCAUGCCAGCGGAGCCCAGUUUGUUCGAGAUAUGUUAGUUUCUUGUCUCUUCAUGGCUCCAGCGCUGUUGGGGACCCUGUGUGUGUGUGUGUGGGAAAUGUGCUUGCAUCACCUCCCAGUGUAGCGACUGGUGAAACAGGGAGCAGCCUGGGCUGUGAAUUAUGUCCUGAUGGUGUGAAUGGUAUGCGCUGGUGAGAAGGACAUCACAGAAACCCUACAUGACCGUGAAAGUAAGUGUGGCCACUAUAAAAAUAGCCACAGCAAAUUGGAUUAGACUUAAGAGGGAACUGCUCUUAUUCACUGCUGAGUGAUGAGCAAAGUGAAUUUUGGCCUGUGAAUAUCAUGAUGUGAUUUAUUAGUAAUCACUUCCAUAGUGUUUCUCAUCUAUAGAUCUUAAGUGGCAAUUAGUAUGAAGACGAGAAAGUAUUAUUUUUUUUUAUUGAGGCACAAAGACAUCAAAUGACCUGCUGCAGGGCAUUUCGUGAGUCAGUGGUAGGGGUUGGGCAUAAUGCCUCCUUUGAGGAGGAUAAUUUUUGUAUGAUUGGUUUGUGUCAGCCUGUGCCAGUUGUGUAUGUGAUUUGGUUAAUAAUUGUGAACAUGAUUUGAAAUUCUAUGGAGUAGUUCACUGAUGGUGAAUCGGAGUGUUGCCAGGACUUGCUGACAGUAGCGGCUAAUUCAUGCUAAUCUGUAGACGUGGUACAGUUUAAUCCAAUUCAAUUUGAGUAACAUGUUUUAAAUUCCAGUGCCCAUUUCUUUUGCUGAAUUUAAUGAAUAGAUACCUGCACGUUGUAAUGGGAAGUGUGAAAAACCUUUCAACCCUUAACAGCUCUGUAGAUGCCCUAGCUUUUGCUAAAGUAGUUUGCUGCCUUCUCGAAGUACACAGCUUAUAUGGGAGCUGGUUUUCCUCCUUGUCCAAUUAAGCUAGAUAAUUAAAUCUCCCUUUUUAGUCAUAGCCCACGUUUUUAAUCCUGUAACUGAGCUUGGCUUGCCAGAGGAAGUUCUCUGUAUUUCUCAACACAGCGGAUCCCUAGUAAACAUGGCAUUAAAUCCAGUCCCAUGCUGCUUCUCUGUAUUCAUCUGUCUUUUCUUGACCUGAUACUUUUAUGCUGGGUGUUUCCUGUGCUAAUGGUUAUUUUAUUUAAAUGCCAGCUGCACUGUGAUUAUUCUUUUAGCACAAAGUAUAGGAAGGUUUUUUUAAAGUGUUAGAUUUAGUUACAUGUACUUGAUAUUUAGAGUACGAGCACAAAGCAUGUUUUGACAGAAGCUGCACAGACCCAAUUUGACAAUCAAAUAAAAAGCUGGAGGUUUCAGGAGUGAAAUGGCAACAUCUCUUCAGCAAUACUAAUUGGUUCCUCACUUCUGUAUUCAUUGCGUGUCCUUUGUUUGAUGGUGAAAGCUUUUAAGUCAGCCAUUGUGUCUUACCUGAAGGAUGUUUUGCAGUUGCUGAGUGUAGGUGUAGGGGAUGAUGUGACAAGGAGCUGAGCUGAAGAACUUGCAGCCCUGUGACACUUUACAUAGUGAUCCUUGGUGACUUAUACCAAACCAAAUUUGAAGGAACUACAAAUAAUCCUUCGCUUCGUAGGUAAAGAAAUUACAGAUAUCUCUUCCCAUUUGAGCGUGUGCCUUGAACUCUGAUAGAGGAAUGGGGAAGAGCAAGGCCUUCUGAACUGUUUCCUCCUCCGUACCUGUAGCAUCUCCUUAUGGGAGCUGCUUUUGGAACUAGAUUCAAAUAGUUCUUUACUGGUUUCAUUUUCAGCUGAAUUUUCUCGGUGAGAGGGGCAAAGCUGUACACAGGAGACUAGUUAAAUGGGGAUGUGCAAAAAAAGCCAUGCAAUAUUUGGAUUGCUUUCUAACACUUGAAAUGAAGACUCAGAUUCCUUAGUUCUUAGUCGGGCUCUUUGCUCAGGUCAAACUGAGGCCAUGAAUAAACUAUGUUGGUAGGAUUUUUCCAUGUCUGUACGAAAGAGACAGUGCUGUCAGGAGAGCACAUUUUUAGCAGCAGUGGUUCUUCGUCUUGCAUUGGAUUGUUAUGUGUAACCUCUGGCAUUUGUGUCGCUCCUGGAGUACCUAGAGACUUCAGCUGGAGUUACUGUUAUUUGUGCUGCAAAAAUACUUUGGUAUGUGUGUAAAUUCUCACAUUAAGGCUGUGGGAGACCUGUCUGUGGGCAGGUGUUGCUGAUCAGUAACAUUGGAUCUGUGCAUGCCUGAUCACCUCUUGCUUCCAAUUUCAUGAAAGUCAGGCAUCAUGGACAUUUGUUAGACGAGCCAGUGUACAUAAUUUACCCUGGAUUUGUACUGUAUACAGAAGGACAGAUGAUACCUGACAUCGUGGCCUUGUAUCUCUCAGCGUAUAGCUAACCCUUCAGCUUCUUGGAGUGGAUGUUAGGAGCUGCGGUAGCUUGGCCCUUUGCAUCAUGUGGUUGGCACUAUUUCAACCCCAUUUGUUGGCAGCUAAGACCAGAUUUCCUUUCUUGCUGAACCAUGGCCUGAAGAGCAGAGUAAGUUAGACUUUAGGCAAGUCCAUACACUUGUGGUUAGAGUGCACAACGCCAGCUUGGACACUUCAGCCUGCAACUUAGGUGCAUCUGAGAUCUUCACAGAAGACUGUUCCCAGCACCCAUUGGUGUCAUCAGGAGCCCUUUUGCCACAUCAGUAUGACGGUAGCUGAGAUAUAUGGGGUUUGUGUGUGUUUAUUAGGUCUCAUUGAUUACUGUCUGUUCUGAAGACAGAUUAUUAAUUAGCACAACAAAUUGCUGGAGAGGAGGUGUGUGUAGGGAGUGGUGCUGGCAUUGUCUGCUAUCGCAUCUGGAAGAAAUUCAACAAGGGAUGCAGCUGUCUGCCAUGUAGCUAAGAAUGAGGUCGAGUCAAUGGUGCAGAGCGAGACUUCUUAUCUAAUAAAGGAAAAAAAAAUCGGAGUUUAGAGCAAGGAGAGAAGUACAAGCAAGAAAGCCAAAAAAUCCCCCAGUUUUUAGGACAUUGUUCCAAAUGGGCAGUGCUGUUAGAGUUGGCUCCCGCGUUAUGUGUAUCAGGAGAGAGCUUUCAAACAACUGCAUCGGUAUCUCAUGCUGUUCCCUUCCAGGCUUUUUUUUUAAAGAAUGCUGUCUUCUCCCUCUCCACUUAUUAACUGUUUUCUGUGAGGAAAAACCUCAGUGAAAAUCAGUAGCUCAACAAAAAAAGCCUUUGCCAAACCACAAAUUUAAGGGAUUGGACGCUGGGGAUUAGUUUUUGCUUCCUACCUAUGGUGAUUUCAGUGCUGUUGUAGGCUGGGGAUGCAGCUUGGAGUUACUGUGGUCCUCCAACUGAGGGAGGCCAUAAUGCCAGGUUGUUCAAGGAUGCAGGGAGGAAGGCACCUGGGAAAGCGUUGUCUGCACAUCUGCCCAGGAGUGACACAGCACUGAGGAGGGAUUAUUUGGGUUAUAGAAAUUAAAAUUUCAGAGACUGGAUGGUAUUGUGGAGAAGGGAGAAGAUGGGGAACUCCACAGGGAGUUUUUUUUUCCACCCUGUAUUUUUUGCAAGAGAAAGGCAGACCUGAAGCGUAGCUUGGACUAAUGGGAUCCUGAGCUGAACUUUGCGGCUUUCCCCCACAUCUGUGGCAGGCCGACCAAAGAUCUGCUCUUGGAUUUGCCUGAUUUCAGGGUGUGUCAUUGAUUUGUUCUGGAUGGUGCCAGUUCCUCUGACUUCACUGCAGUUUGUAAAAAAAGGAGGGAGGGUUUCUGUUUUUCAUAUGUUGCAAAAUUGUGUUGACGACAUCAUCACUGAAUAUAUCCUUUCCUGAUUUUUGUUGAGGAGAAGGCUAAUCUGAUUUUUCUUAAAUUCAGGCAGUGGUGACUUGCUCUCUUUUUAUUCCUCCACAAAAAAUUAAUGAGUUCUGAUUUUACAGAAUUAGAACUAAAAUUCAGUUCUAAUUUUUAGAGCUAAAAUUCUACCAUUUUAGUUGUACAGGCACUGUUCAUGUCAUACUGCAAAGAAAAUGGAAGAAUUUGAGAGUGUCCCUGUAGCUACUAAACGUUUGCCGUUGUGGAUAAAAUUGGAGGGAGGAGAAAAAGCCAGACGUAGCCAGAAGAUGAUCAAAAGUCCAAAAGGUCUCAGAAGCCUGUGUGCCUUGGAGAGUUUAAAAAUGGGACACCGAUGUCAAAGUCACUUUGCUGCUUUCAGAUGUGCCAUCCCCAGAGUUCAAAGGACCCUGGAGCCACAGAUGAAGCAAACUGGACCUGGGAAUGGCGUGGGUUGGGAGCAGUUUAUAACUGCAAAUUUUCAGUCAGUUUUCUUGUUGUUAUUGUCAUGCAAUUGAAGUCACGGCCAUUGAGCUAAAAGAUGAGAGUGUUUGAUUGGAUUUUGGGGUCUGUAAUUGCUGCUGUGAUGUUGCUGCCUGGAGGCAGGGACUUGCAAACGGAUCUUUCCAAUAGGAGGAUUAUAGCUGAAGAGGGAGUGCUGGGUUUAAAGAAAGAAAAGUUUAAAGCUGUCAUAUAGUGGUUUCCACUCAGAUGAAAAAGCAGAGGAUUAUGAAGCUUUUGUCAAAAAUAAUAGAAAAAAAAAUAGCAUUGUUAGAGGACUGACAGUGGCAAAGUCACUCUCAGGGAAAAAAAAAGCCCUUGGGACUUGUGAAAGGAUGACUCUCCAUGAGUACGGGGUGAAUCCAGCUCCUGAAAGGCAUGGCAGGCAGCUCUCAGGGCUGUGCAUCUCUGAAAUUUUGCUCCCGAGAGGGGUUUUCUCAGCUAAGCCAGUGGCUGAGUUGCUGCAGAGGAGGCUGCUCUUGGGACCCCCAGCAGCAGCAGCCUAGCUCCUCCGGGCUCAAUCUGAGACCAGGGACUUUGUGCACUUGGUGGAUUGUUUUUUAUUUAUUGAAAACCCUCAUGAAUUGUGUUUUGGACUCUAAUGCUUUAUGGAAAAAGGUCUCUCUUUCCAUCCUUGUUGAGAUAUUUUUGCAGCUGGAGGGGAAGCCAGGCUGCCAUUGGGUGGGCACUGAGGACAGGGGAGGAGAAGCCAGCAAAUGAAGUGGAGAAUAUGGAAUCUUGAAGAUGUUUGAAAAAUGAGGGAAAACAUUCCCCUGAUGCUUCCUUAAUCCAUUAGGUCAGGAAGGAACUUGGAUGCUCAAUUCAGACCCUUUCUAUGCUCCUGUGCAUUGAACUUGUGCUGUAGGGUGCUAGCCAAGUAGCAGGGUGCUCAUGUGAGACAGGGAAACCCAGAUAUGUUUUCUUGCCCUGUCAGAGCCUUUUUGUGUGAUUUACUCAGGAUCAUUUGAGGCCAUACUUUUUACAAAAUUAUGGUAUUAAGGCAUCUGACGGAUUUUCACUGUUGCGCUGCUUUGGGUCUCUUUGACGGAGUAGCCUGUGUUUGACUUAGAUCAAAACAUGAAGCAGUGUCAGGGUCUCCAAUACUCCUUGAUAAGGGCUGAUACAUUUAGUCAUGCUAACUGUAAACCGUCUCCAUUUUGUGAUUAAAUUUAGUUUCUGUUCAUGGUAGGAUUUUAAAAUAACACCUUCAUGAACACAGCUUCUUUCAGGAACAUAUGUGCCGUGUGAGAUAAGGGUUUAAGGAUGCCUGUAGAGCAUUGUGGACUGGAAGGGUAAUGGCUGUAAGUAUUAAUUGUUACAGAAAGAAAUGUUUUUUUCACUAAUUGCCAGGAAUGGGUUUAACAAGAUAAAGCUGGGUCAAACUACUGCUUAGCAUAUACAAAGCCAAGUGAUAACCCCAAGCAUGAAACACACACACGGGUACAUCUGUUUUUGAGAUGCAAAACUAGAAGUUGAUGCUUUGCUCUAUCUUCUUUCAAUGCUAAUUGAAUUACUGGGGACAGUGAAAGCCUGUGGAAAGACUGUUGAGGAACAGUAAGAGCAGCAUUGGCUCAAGGACCUGAGCUGGCCAGCAUUGCCAGGCAUUGGUGUUUCCGAAGAAGCUGAAGUUGCUGGGGGUUUGUGGGGGCUUUGCUGAGCACAGCUGGGGACCAGGCAAGCAUGAGGGUCCUGCCAGGCUGGCAGCCCCUGGUACCUGCAGGAUGCUCUCUGGGCCAGGUUGCUAAAAUCUUUGAGGAUGCAGGAACGAUUCAGGUGAUACCUGCAAGGCAGCAGCAACGCUAACCCGCGCGAACCCAAAACCUGCACUUUGCUUCAGACCCAGGGACUGCCGCUGGGCAGCCGGCUGUGGCAUCUUUUCUUUGUAUUCGGCUUUUAAAAUUCAAACACUUCGGACAGAAACAUUACAGCACAAGUCUGUAUCUCCGAGGACAUUAGUCUGUUGAGACACUUGGCAGAAGCGCACAAUAUUUGGAUGUGGAGUAACUUGCUUUUUCAUUUUAUAAACCCUUAUGUAAACACAUUGUUUGCAUCAUUGGGAGUUGAUUGUUUAACUUUUCUCUCCAUGGUAUGAAAAAUAACAAAAAAAAAAAAAAAAAAAAAAAAAAAAGGCCCCAAAGGAAAAGAAACAAAACACUACUUAUUUUCUUGGUAUGUACCUGUAACACUUUCCAAAUGUAAAAAUGUAAAAGCCUCUUAAGAUACAGAAAAGCAGCAAUACUAUUUAUAUUUCCUCUAUGAAAAGACUGAUCAAAGGCGCACAACUGUGCUUGGGUUUAGUUAGCAUCGAUAACUGCAUUAAUGUCAGGGUGCUUAUGAUUUUAUUGAAUUCAAAAGUUGCGGGCUCUGCAAAGCAUAAAGCAAGCUAAGGCUCUAGUGUGUGCUCAAUUUAUAUCGUAUUAUGUGCCAUUCUAUCACAACACAUUUUGUCCUCUGGCUGCAUUUCUUUGCUGGUCAUUUGAAAGGUCUACUUUGUGUUAGGUGCUUGUCUGUCUGGUUUUUGUUGUUGUUGGUUGGUUGGUUGUGUUUUUUGUUUUUUUUCAGCACUGCUGAAGGGUGCUGAGGAUUGUGAAGGUUUGACCUUGAUGGGAAUGCCUAGGUUUUUCUCCACAGGGAAGAGCUAAUCCCAGCUGCACUCAGCUGAGCAGCCAAUAUGCCCGGUGCGCAGGUGGAAAGGGGUUAAAAGACAUUAAUGUGCCCUGACUCAUCAUGCCCAGCUGCUAUGGUCAGGCAGAUUUCUUGGCCACUAACAAGGCUGUGAAGAGGCCAAGUAAGAACAGACCCACAGAAAAGCCUGAACAGAUGAGGUUUGGGCAGUUUCUGCUGAUUCCUGUACAGGCAUUACAGUUUAUACCAGAAUGUUUUGAUGUGUACACAUGUAUGGGGGAGAGAGAGGGGUCAGCACCCCUUUGCCUGGGGGUAGGGGGAGAGGAGGAUGCAGCAAAUGUGCUCAUGUGGAUAAUUUAAAGGGUUAAUAUUAAAAUGAUAGUAUGCCAACAAACUACGCAGCUGGUUAAAGCCUGACUCUAAGGGGCUGAUCAGGUCAGAUAUCUCACUGAAAAGCUUUACAUGGGUUUUUGUGAGCACUAUUGUCUCUCUUUCUGCAGACACGGUGGGGACACAGCUUUUGUUGUCCUGCGAGCAGCGGCUGUGAAUGGGAACGGGCAGCACGAUCCAGCUCUGAAUGUCGCUGGCAUGGAACAGCAGCCUUUUGACAUGGCACAGUUCAGCAUUUUGUUGUUGAGAUUUCUCCUUUUGUGACUGCUGGUCACAUUGGUGAAAGCAAUGCUGCUUUUAAAGCAGAAAAAAGCAAUUCUUAUGCACUAGGCAAGUUUGAAAUAGUUGGGUUUUCCCACGUUCUCCGGACUUCAGAAACUGGCUGCAGUUUCCCUACCCCCAGACGGUCACACUUCUUACUUUAUGCAUCAGGUGAUGUUUUUAUUACUUUGUUUACCAGGCAGGGUCUCUCUCUCUUUUUUUUUUUCCUUUUGUCUUUUGCCUAGUCACAGUUUGACCUUACCACCUGCUUUGGAAGUAAAGAUGACAUGUGAGCCCGACAAUGAAAGGUGAUUGAUUCUUUCCUAGCCCCCUCUUGCACAGGCAGGUUUAGGCAGCAGUGGGCAUGGUGGGUCUCUUGCCUGCAGUCAGUGGCUGGUGUUGGCUGCUUUGCAGAGAUCUCUUCCCAUUGGUACUGACUUUGGUUGAUCCACAGCCUGCCUACAUCAGCCCUGGUCGUAUGAUCUGGAGAUGCUUAAGAGCUUCUCAUUUCCAAACACUGUAAAGUUUGGUCAGAGCAAAACUGUCAGAUAUUUCCAGUAAUGCGUCCAGUAGCUAGUGGGAUAUGGGGGUUUUCCUGUUGCUUACUCAGGAGCAGAGCUGGCAGUCAGGAGCACAGCAAAGUUGCAGGUGUCCCUGCGUUUUUCAUGUGCCAUCUCUGCAGUGGCUCUUUGAGACUAGAUCUCUUUAUGGUACCAUAUUCACACCUUUGCUUGCCCUUCUGCAAGAGGAUUAAAGGGCAAGUCAGGAGCCUGCUGCUCCUCAGAGAGUGUCACAGCUGGAAGUUGGAGCUGAAUUUCAGGGAUGCAGGUUGGGCAUGGUCCAGGCUGCUGUGGGGUGGAGCAUGACGAAAAGCUGGGCUUGCUUUUGAUGUCUGCAGUUGGGCACUCAGCAGCAAGUGCCUGGAGGGGCUCUGGAUUUCCAGCUUCAUCCGUCUUGUACUGCUUGGUGUAAGAGAUUAAUUCCCUGUCGAUGCUGUCGGGAUGUAGAUCAGUUUAUUUCACAUUGGGCUCAUUAACUGCUCUCUGUCAUGCGUAUCUUUGACCAGCAGUGAGAAACCUCUGUGAUGUUGGUGCCAAGGAUGUGUUAGCAGACACUGAGUAACAUGGAACAGGGUACGAUGGGAUGCGCAGGGAGACCUUUGCCAGCUCCUCACUUGCUAUGAGUUUCCACUGCAGGCUUCAUUGCUCAUUUGGGGAUGAAAUGCAGGGGCUGGCACACGAGUCUGCAGGGGUGGUUGACCCCUCUUGGAGGUGUCAUCAAUGAUACAGAGCAAGCAUUCAACUGCAGUCAUCGUUUCCAUAGGUUAAGGACCUCCUUUUCAAAUCCUUUGUGAUGGGGUCAGUAAAUGUACUAAAGAAAUGAGUAAAAUGAGUAAAUUAUUAAGUCAGUAAAUCUAAUGGGGAUUUAGGGUCUGCCCUCACUCUAUUGAAUUUGAGUAAUUGUGAUUAUAUAUGAGUUUGAGCUGCCAAGUUUGGACUUGUAUCCAGACUGCUACUUCAAGCCUCACAUCUUGCCUUUUAGCUUCUGUUCCAGAUCCAAUACGUUACAAUUAAUAUAUGUAUAUUGGAGAGGCUAAAUAGACCUUAAAAUAUAGUAGGUAUUAGUGAGAUAUUGGUGGGUUCUGUUAACAGUUCUGUUUCAUAUAUGUGCUUAGAGAUCUCAAUUUUUAGAUAAAAUUUAGUAAAGCAGAGGAGGUAACAAGCUUUUAUGUGCAAAUGGAAGUUAAUGCUGGGGUCCGCUGGGCAUUACUGCUGAAACUCCAUCUCUGCCUUCAUGUCCAAAGAGCUGACUUAGGAGGGCACAAAAGGAAAGUAUGAAGAAGGUAUUAACUAAGUUGAAAUGUGAAAUUGAAGUGGCACAAAAUAAAUUAAUAGAUUUUGUGUGAUAGCUGUUCAUAGGAGUUUGAUUAUUUGGUAAGUCAGCCGACUGUUGCUUUGCCGAAGGCAAGUCUCACUAGGUGGUAAAUGUGUCCUCAGUCCCUCCAGGGUUUAUGUCUUUUUUAUUUCUCAAAUGGUGAAAGUAAUCCCUCUUGCAAACUGGAUUUUGCCUCUGGCGGCUCUUCUAAGGCAUUGACUUUGAACAUUGUCCAAAUCUAAUUAAAUCAAAGAGUAUUGAUCAAAUAGUUGGCUUCAUGCUUUGGCUUUCUGUUCUCCUUGCUUGAGCAAGGAGCUGCCUCACUUGCCCGACAUCUGCUUAUGUAUUUAGGAGAAACAGAGAGGUAAAGAAGACUUUGUGUCUCUUUUCACCUGCAAAAAAAAGUGAAAAUGUGGGGGAGGAUUCAGGGAAAAAAAGUUUGGAGAGGAUGGGUAACCUCUCAACUGGAAGACAUGUUGGGAUUUUCAAGGAGCAGAAACGUCUGGAAAGCUGACAACAUCUCACUCUGAUGUUUGCCAGCAUGUUUCUCUAGGGUCUUGCCAAAAACUUUCCCAAAGUGAGGGGCUUCAGUCAGAGUCGCUACAAGGAGGGCUUUGUGAGGACAGUGCUGCCCCUUGUCCGCUCUUGCCUUCUGGUGACACAGGCUGCUUAGGCCAGCUCUGUUUUUGGGAACAUGCAGUGUCUUGAAUGGAAAAUGCAGCAACUGCAUUAGCAAAGCGAUUCUGCUUGGUCAAAUAAAACGAGAAUUUGCAAACAACAUGAUGAGACGACCAAUCUGGUACUGGCUCAGUCCCAUUGAGGUGAUAAAAGGCUUUGUGUUGUACUGCAUGGAGCGUACAUGUUUUAUAUGUGCAAAGGAUAGGUGCAAAACCCAGUAGGGUGCAACAGAUAUAAUCAAUAUUCUGGAGUUUGAUAACCAUUUUGUUGGAUUUUUAACUGUCUGGUAACUUCUAUUAAUAUCUAUGUCAUUGUCCUGCACUAAAUGCCAAGUCUUAACAUCCUCUAGUAUCUUAGAUUUAAUAGCUGUGCUGUUAAGCAUCUCCAGACCCCAGACUUUGACCUGGCACCUGAAUUGACAGGUAACCAAAAACAGUCCCCCAGCACAUGGCAGAAUUUUGACCAUUAAGAUUGCAUAGUGUUUGCUUCUAAUAUAUGUUACGUAUGUGUUGCUGCUGUAGUGUCUCAGUCAUGCUUAUGACUUCAUCCCAGCCUGAUGCAUAAAACCUAUGGUACUUGUAUGGCAUCCAUAUGAGGAGAGUUUAUGCAUUGUAUCUGUAUGUAUAUAUGUUUCUAUAUUUGAUUGGUGUGAGCGCAUAUAUCCCAGCCAAAGAAAAAUUGUUCAUGGGAGAGUAAGUGCUACCAUAUUUCAGAGUAAAGGCUGUAGCAGGCUAAUUUUAAGGUUCACAUAUAGCAGAUGAAGCUCUUCAUAGUGCCUUCAUAUCAAGAUAGCACCAAAUAAAAAGGUGAGUAUCAACAGGUACCCAUCCUGUGGUUUUGAUAUUUUUCUGGUUCUGUUUGCAAUACUUUGGUCCUAAUGCAUAAUGCGUAUGUGUGGGGGGGGUCAUCAUUGUCAUGGAAACAGGGCAUGAUGCUGAUAAAGAUGGAUGUGGGUCUUUUGUUUCUGGGGUGCAUGUGGCUGCUGAAGUGUCUGUUAUUGUUGUGCUCGGCAGCAAUUUAUUGAGAUUAUCUGCUGAGUGUGACUUCCAUGAGCACGGCAAAUGGAGAUGGUGUGUCAACACUUCUCAUCUGAGUAAACAGGAUCCACAAAUUUGCUUUAUCAUUGAAUACAAAUGCCUCUAGGUAGAGGUGGGACAGGAGGGGUAUUUCUGUCUUCAAAAAAGUGAGUUGCUUUAAUUUUGUUUUCUGGUGGGGGGCAAGCCUGUCUGCUGCAGAAGGUUGCUGUUUAACCAGAAGUGGAAGCUGGAAGAUCCUGGGGCAGUUGUUGCCAUGCUGGGUGUUGGAGUUGAGAGCUCCUGGCCUGGCUGGUGGCAGGGACAGUCUUGUGCCUCCUGGUGAAUGGCAGCACAUGUCCAAAAAAAUAACCUGUGCUCUUCUUGGCAAAUCUUCCUGAAGGGCUGUGAAGGAGCAGUUAUGACUCUGAGCUAUCACUGUGCUCUGGGAAGGAAAUACUGGUCUUGCAGGGAAGGUGGUAAAGUGCCAAUUGAUUUUUUUCCCAAGGGUUGAGGGAGUCUAUAUUUUGCUGCUGGAGUUUUUGCAUCUGUAGGGCUAAGCCUUAGGGCUUCUCUAGGGUAAGGUGGGUUGCAAAGGCUGUUUUUGGGAAGACUGAAAAUAGCACCACAUUGAAGUGCCCAUGGCAGAGUUGCUUGGCACACACAUGCACAGCUAAUAUUUCUCUGGCAUUGCAUGUGGGCUGUCGAACGCCCUUCUGUCUUGCUUAGAAGAGCAGAAAUGUCCUGCCACAGGGAUGUGAUCCAGCCCCCUGCUUGUCCAACAAAGAAAUUGUUGUUGCUAAACAACAGGCUUUUUUAAGGAAUGUAUAGAUGCCCCAAGUCUGAAUUUAUGCUUCUCUCCAUGGAAUGAGUCACUGCGCUGGUUUUUAAUAGAGCCCCUCUGGAUUUAUGUGUUUGCUGCUCAGAUUAAACUCUGAUUCAGUGCGUGAAAUAAGAUUCAGUAGUUGUGCUCUGCUGCUGUCCUGCUACUUGCAGGCAGUUGCUGGUUAAAGUCUGCUUCUGGCUUUUUCUGUGCAGAUAGCAGUUGCAAAAUACAUUACAGAGCAUCCUCAUUUUGUGUUAAUACUGACUACAUGUGCGUGUUGCUGCUUGUUAUUUUUAAGCAGAGAUCCAAUACCGGCUAUCUUGUUGGUUGUGUUUCGUUUAAUUGAAUUCAGUUUUAUGUGAGAACACGCUGACAAGUCCAAUUAAUACCUUCAGUGAAAGUUUAGCAAGGGUAGGGAAGGAAAUUAGCUAUACGACAUGUUAUAAGCUAAUAAUGAAGUAGUUGUGAUGAUUUGUAAUGGGAAUUUUCAGUGUCCUCCUUCUGUCGGGACUUGAAUCUUCUUUUUUUUCCUGCAGUCGCUGCCAGGUUCCGCUCUGAAAUUCAGAAAUGUGAUUUGUAACACCUUUGGAGCAAGAGACGGCCAUCCCCUUGGGGAGGGAGGUGUGCUGGAGGAGCUGGAAUUGCUCUGUGAAGAGCUGGGGUGCUGUGGGUGGGGCAGGAGAGGAAGAUGGAGCCGGUUUGGAGGCAGCAGGAGCGGCACUGAGCCCUCGGAUGCGUACCUGCUGGUCUCUGCUUUACCUGGCUGAGCAGUGCUGGAAUGGCGGCUUUGUCUACCUGAUCAUGUUGCGCCGCAUCAAGCGCAAAGCCCCUCUUCCUCCCUCCAACGGCAACAACAGCAACAGCUGCGACCCCAAAGCCAAGCCCAGCCCUGAACCCGGUGACAGAGCCGCUCAAAAUGGGAAAAGGACCAGAAAAUUUGGGGUCAUCACCAGAACACCGGGCAGCAAGGACAGCAAGGAGAAGCUAGGCUCGGAGCAUGGAAACGGGCACUGCACCCCAAUGGAGGUGGAGGUUGCUCAGCCAGAGACCUCUGAAGCGGAAAGUAAUGGGGAAGAGCAGCUUCGGGGCACGGGGGGACAAUACCGCUCCCGGCUGUCGGAUGGCAGCGUACCAGACAUUGGUGACCAAUCUGCCCAGCGAGAAGGUUGCCGCAUAUGGAGGAUGCACAUCAUGAAGGGGACGGACGGGCUGGGAAUCCAGAUAACAGGAGGCAGAGGGUCAAAGCGGUCUCCUCACAGCAUCAUCAUCACACACGUGGAGGAAGGCGGCUCUGCACACAGGGACGGCAGGCUGACAGCAGGCGACGAGCUCCUGAUGAUCAAUGGUCAGUCACUGGUUGGGCUGUCCCACCAGGAUGCUGUGUCCCUCCUCCGCUCAGCCGCUGGCCUGGUGCAGCUGGUGGUCGCUAGCAAGGAAUCUGCUGAAGGGGAUUUUCUGAAGUACCCGUCUACCAGUUUGCCAGACUUGCUUAGCACGUGCUCAGUCCAAGACUCUGUCUCUUGUACUGACAAUAAAGAAAACGAAGAGCCAGAAGAAGAUGUGAAGGGAGUGAAUGUAUCUCCUGAAAAACUGGUCGCUGGGGUGGAAACUGAGAAGUCUCAAGAUUCACCUUGUGCAGAAGUGUCCAAAGGAAACAACCAGAGUACAGCUCUUGGAAGUGGCAUACUGAAAUACAGAAGUCGAUCCCAAGGUGCUGCAUCCCGCUUGGAGUCUGUGGGAGAAGACGAUGAGCUGACAGUGGAAAACGGUGAAUCAAGUUACGAAAUAGCCGUGAAAUAUUCCCGGGGUGGAAGAAAGCACUCUCUGCCCCAGCAGCUGGAGUCGGCGGGAGCCAGACAGGACUACCAUAUAGUGAAGAAAUCUACUCGUUCCUUCAGUGCUGCCCAAGUGGAAUCUCCAUGGAGACUGACCCAGCCGUCCAUCAUUUCCAACAUCGUCCUGAUGAAAGGACAAGGCAAGGGUCUUGGAUUCAGCAUUGUGGGAGGUCAGGAUUCUGCUCGUGGACGCAUGGGGAUUUUUGUGAAGACUAUAUUCCCAAAUGGAGCGGCAGCUGCUGAUGGAAGGCUUAAAGAAGGGGAUGAAAUCCUAGAAGUUAAUGGGGAGUCUCUGCAAGGGCUGACCCAUCAGGAGGCCAUUCAGAGGUUCAAGCAACUCAAGAAAGGAGUGGUGACCCUGACAGUGCGGACGCGGCUGCGCAGCCCCAGCCUCACACCCAGCGCGGCUCCCACAUUGCUGAGCCGUUCCAGCUCCCCCAGUUCCAGUGCCAGUGGUGGCACACCGGUCACCGGCCCUGAUGAGGCGGACUGUUCCGCCUCCAGCCGCAAAGGACCUGGCCCAAAGGACAGGAUCGUCAUGGAUGUGACGCUCAAUAAAGAGCCAGGGGUUGGGCUCGGCAUUGGUGCCUGUUGUCUCACACUGGAAAACAGUUCCCCGGGGAUCUACAUUCACAGCCUGGCCCCAGGAUCAGUGGCUAAAAUGGAUGGCAGGUUAAGUCGAGGUGACCAGAUCCUGGAGGCAGAUUCAGUGAGUCUGCGUCACGCAGCAUUAAGUGAAGCCUAUGCCAUCCUGAGCGAAUGCGGUCCAGGUCCUGUUAGCCUCAUCAUUAGUCGGCAUCCUAACCCAAAGGUUUCUGAGCAGGAGAUGGAUGAAGCAAUUGCACGUACUACCCACCGAGAGAGUAAGGACGCCAGCUGCUCUCACGUCACAGGAGCUGUACAAAAAACCCCAUCUCCUAAUGCGAAGGCCAAGCAAGGAGAGACCUCAUCUCCCCUCAGCUGGACAAUGAAGCGCUUUCUGGAGCCAGCAAGCCGGCAGGGAUCUGUCAGCUCCGAGUCAGAGCUCUCCCAGUACUUCUCUCACGACAGCAUGACCCAGCUCCCCUUCUCUGACGCUGUAACCAGCUCAAGCGACGAAGAGCAACUUCGUCAGAGGAACAGAAACAGUUUGUUGGAUGAUGGCUCUCUUCUUCCUGGCAACCUGACUACUAGAGAAGCGGGAAUGGCAAAAGCAAAUGGUCUGGCUCCUCCAGCUGGUGGGAGAUCAUCUAGCCCUCACAACAAGCAUGUGGAGUCUGUGCGACCUGGCAUCCUCAGCGACAGCCCCAAAUCUGCCCGUAGCCCCUUUCAUCGACAGAGAAGAGUUGUUUUCUAUGAUGGUGACGUUAGUGAUGACGAUGAAAGUUCCCACUCACAAAGAAGCCAGAGAGCCAAGAGCCAGGAGGGUACUGGCAUUGUUGUUUCAACCUCGUCUGUAGAAAUUGAUGAUGAGAGCCAGGACAGUGAGUCACCUAGAUGUAGUGGCGCGGAGACAUCUCCCCCUGUCUUCACUAACUCUGUGGAGUCUGCAGACAGCACGCUGGGGCAAAGUGACUCUCCUUUCUUCCCCAUCAUAGCGUUCGAUUACUCAAGUGUGCCUGAAGUUCGUCUUGGCAGCCUGAGUCUGAGGGAGCUCCGGGAAGCACAACUCGAAUCUAAGAGGUCGCCAAAACUUGAGCACAGAGCAGUCACGCGAGUGAAAAGCAUGAUGAGCACUGAGUGUCGAAGCCUUCAGAGACAGAGGACAGAGGAGCAUGGCUCUUACAACAAGCCUGUUGCGAGGACACUCCCUCACAGCAAGAAGUGUGAAGCACCGGACGAGGCUGGGCAGAGCCAGGGUGAAAUAGUCACUCUGGUUCGCAAUGAGCAUGAGUCAUUUGGCCUGGAUUUGGAAAUCCAGGCGAUGCCCUUGAAGGUUGUUGUCACGGGGCUGCGGCCAGGUGGACCAGCAGAAAUGGGAUCAAUGGGCAAGAUGGCUGUAGGAGAUGAGAUUACUACUAUCAACAGUAUCCCAGUCAGUAAGAUGACGUAUGAGGAAAUCUGCUUGCUUAUGCAGUGUCUUCCCACAUCUGUAACCCUGGAGAUCCAGAAAGCAUCAUCAGCUGUCAGCAGAUACACAAACCUCAUCCUGUCUCCAGGGAUAGACAGUCAAAAUCAGGCUGAUGUCAACAGCAUCCUCACAACCGAGGAAGAACUGAGUGCUGUGAAGCAAGAAGGGGCAGGUUUGCAAGGUGCUAGUGGCAGCUGCAUAGUAGAGAGAACAACACUGCCACCUGAUGCCACCAGCAAAGGCAUGCAGAAAGGUACUGUGAAAAGCAGCCGUGCUGAGGACUGCGCUGCCAUCCCCAUCACUGAUAUCGAUGACUUGCUCAGCCAAAUGGGUGCUCCCGAGAACAGGGCCUCGCGCACCCCGUCGCGAGCGGAAAGCCCCCUCCGAGAUGAGUACACCACGAUGUGCUGCUGUGGGACUGAUGAAGGCUGUCCUGGUUCUGAGCCACGGCCAGCCAAGGAGGAGCUGCUGGAAAAAACUAGGAAUUGUGAAGCUAAUGCACAGGGAGUUUUGGGCCUGUCUGUGUUGGACUCCAUUAACACAGGCAAACUUUUUACUGUGAAUAAAAACUCUUUAAAUAACUAUUCUAGGAAUUUUAGCAGCUUAAAUGAGGAUGAGUUUCCUGCAGCAAACUCUCUGCAAGGUAAGAGAAGCGACCCAUUUCCAAAAUCUAUGUACGGAGCUGCAGAGGAUUCUCACUCAGACACAGAGUCUGUCACAGAAAACUUCGAUAGUGCUAAUGAGGUGUUGCCUGGGCCAUGCACUGCUGCUAAUGCCUCCGCAAGCUGUACUGUAAUGGAAUCGGAUGAGGAGCAAAUUGAGAUUUGUUGCGUGAACAAUGAGCCACAAAAGCCUACAGAGGAACAGCAUCUCACAUCUGCAACAAGUUCAUCCUCUCUGUCCCUGCUGCACCCGUAUGGCACCAAAGUUUUGCAAACUGAGGGCUGUGCAAUGUGUGGGUCACUGGAGACAAGCAUCAACAAACUUGGCUUGGAGGAUCAUGGUGGUCCCACUCCAUGUCCCUCACAGUGUUUGGAUGUGUCCUCUGCAGCCUUGUGUGCUCCUUCCUCAGUUUUCCUGCCAGAAAAAGACAUCCUAAAGAAUUCAGUCAGUAUCACUGAAGUUUACUCUUCCUGUAACAAUGGUGCCUUAAGUACAGAAGAUCACAUGGAUGCGGGGAACAGUGAUGGACAUACGAAAUGCGGUGAAUCCUUUGAAGAGGAAGGGUCUCUGCACUGCAAAAAGAUAAUCUUUUGCUCUGCUGGAAAUGUCAAUGGCUUGGAGAAUGACUUGCUUGAGAAAGAAGGAUGUCAUGACGAGCAGAGAUCCAAAUCUGAAAGUGAAACAGCGGUUGAUGACUGUAGUCAUGCUGUUAGUUAUUGCUUAGUGAAGAGAGAAACCAACAGUUUGUCCAACUUGUCUAAAACAGACAGCAAUCAUGUGAACACAUCAUCACCAAGAGCAAUAUCACUCAGGUCUCCCUUUCCCACUAGAUCUAAAGAUCCAAAGGCUAAUGCAACUCAUGACUUGCCAGGGAAAAAUGAGAAAAUUAACUCUGUGACUUCAGGAAGGACUUCAAAUGGAAAAGUCCAAAGCUCAGGCACAAAUCACUGCAAAGGAGCAGCAGUACCGCACAGCCCAUCCUCGCAGAAAAAAUCUUGUCAGGAGUCUAAGGGGAUUGCACAAAAAAGUAUAAUGGACACCCUUUUAAAUAACCAGAAGACCAAAGCAGGACCAAAACUAAAGGGGUUCACUAUCAAAAGCAAAGCAAAGGCAAAUUCAGAUUCUUCUGGCAUUAAUCCUACCAAAGUCAGUGGGGCUGAUCAGAAAAGGAUUUCUGUUUCCCCACAGCUGUCCCCAAAACUCCUUGGGAAGAAAACAUCAUUGUCUAAUAAUUCACCAACAAGCCCAGAUCCUGGCAAGAGCCUUUCAGCAGCCUCAAGGACUCUGAAGUCAGAGCUAGAAAAUAAACCACCGCUAGUCAUUUCUGGAGAUUCACUUCUGCCUCUCCUAAAUGGCACUGGCAACCCAACAGUGAGCGGUGAAAUGAAGCGUGGCUGUGAGGAGCUAACAGACCUGCAGCAGGCAUGGGGAAAGCCAAAAGAAAAGCAAGUUUCCAUGCAGCCUGUGGUAUGUCAGGGUAAGGGUGCUAAGCUGGAUGAUUUCAGGGCCAGGGACGGUCAGUUCAAAGUCACUUCAUCUCCUCAGGGGAUACAAAAAGUUGAAUAUGUGAAAGGGAGGACUGAGAACCCUGGAACAGGCCUGAACACGAUCAAGAGCAUCUACAGUGCAGAUGACCUUAAGCAAUUAUAUCUGCAAAAUGUAGGACCAUCUGCCGGAGGCUCUUCUUCAUUGAGGUCCCCCGCAGUUCACCAGGAACAGGUGGAAGGGCAGGAGAUCCAGCGUACUUUCAUUGAGGUGAAGCUUUCCUCUUCAUCGUCCUCUUCCUCCUCCUCCUCUGCCUCUUCCUCACCAGCAUCGUUUUUGCAACUGCCAUUGCUGGAGAAAACAGAAGAGGUGAAUGCAGAAGUGCCUUGUCUCACUGAGGAGAUGAGGAGCAUGCAGUAUUUCUCAAAUGAGGAUACUGCCAGAGACAGAAAUCUCCAUGGCUUAUCGAAACCCGUGACAAGAACUUACUCCAUGCCAGCCCAGUUAUCUGGUCACUUGAGGGAGGAAUGCCGUGUUGCAGAGGGUCAUCCUGUACAAGGACUCCAGGAUGAUGCUGCAGAGGAGAAAUACUCCCAGGCAGCGACAGCGAUGUUAAAGAUGGUCCAUCUCAACCUGACGAAUGGCCAGAGAGGGAAGGAGCAAGCAAACGCGUCCAGAAGCACCCAGAGGAUCCAUGACAUGUCCCCCUCGGUGGGUGACAUUGGCUACCCUGUCACCGAUAGGCUGAGGAUUUUCAAGAGGAAUUACUUCUACUACGAGCUGAACUGGCCACAUGAACCUACCUCAUCCUUCUCCGUCAAACAGAGGAUCAAAUCCUUUGAAAACCUGGCAAAUUUUGACCGGCCCAUUGUGAAGGCAAUUGAUACUCACUCAGCUAUGAGGUCUCCCCUCUCCAGGAGGUCAUGUGGUGCAAUGGCCGCUGCAGCCAGCCCUGCUGAGACACCACGGGCCUUGCGGCGCAGCUUGAGCUCCUACGGCGGCAGCCUGAGCCCGGCCACCGCCAUGGCCAAGGCUCACACCAGUGCAGAGCCCACUCGAGUGGCAGAGGGCAGCAAGGGGGAAGGAAAGGCCCAGAAGAGCGAGAAGGACAGCGCUGGGGCAGACGCAGACGCCUUUCCCCCCUCUGCCUCACAGACACGCCGCAGCCGGGGCCUGGGGCGGCCGCCGCUGUCCCGCUCCCGACUGCGGGAGCUGAGGGCCCUCAGCAUGCCCGACCUGGACAAGUUGUGUGCAGAGGGCUUCUCGGGGCCGCCACCACCCGUAUGCUUCAAGACAGAGCUGGAAAUCACACCCCGCAGAGCCCUUGGCUUGCCUGGCCGGAGCAACGCAGCCCUGUCCAGCCGGGGCGGCCCUGCUGAGGUGGGCGCGAGAGGGACUUGUGCCAGCAGCCCUCGGGACAGUGGCUCGGGGACUCCAGGCUCCGCUUCGGAUGACGACGUGCCCCAUGGCAGGUCUCCGGAUGGGGAGCGCUCAGAAAAGAGCUGGUCCAUCAGCUUUGAUCAGCUGCUCAUCUCAAGCCUGGACCAGCAAAAACUGCAGUCUGUUUUGUCAACGGUUGUACCAAAAUGUGAUGUUGCUGCUAUGCUCCAAGAAGUCAAAACACAAGUAAAGAGCAAAGAAGACACAUACUUUGUAGUCUUACACAAAGAAGAAGGAGCUGGCCUGGGAUUCAGUGUCGCUGGAGGAACAGAUCUGGAACAGAAAUCAGUCACGGUGCACAGAGUGUUUUCAAAGGGAGUUGCAUCUCAAGAAGGAACUAUUCAUCGAGGAGAUCUUGUUCUGUCAAUCAACGGCAAGUCUCUUGCAAGUUCAGUCCACGGGGAUGUCCUGAAUACUCUUCAUCAGGCAAGACUAUACAAAUAUGCGGUCAUUGUCAUCCAGAAGGAAAAAGACAAAGCAAACAACUUCUCCAGACUUGAGAUAUCAGCUACUGGCAAAAAAUGUGUGGGGUCUGGAAGGGAUGUUUCCAUGGCAAUAGGAACAGAUCCAAGCCUGGAUAUGGAUGAUGUAAUCUGUGUUGAAUUAUUGAAAACCUCUGCUGGCUUGGGAUUCAGUCUUGAUGGUGGAAAAGCUUCCAUUGCUGGAGACAGACCCUUACUUGUGAAAAGAAUAUUUAAAGGUGGUGCUGCAGAGCAAUCUGGAAACAUAGAAACUGGAGAUGAAAUUCUUGCUGUUAGUGGAAAAUCAUUACUUGGCCUCAUGCAUUACGAUGCCUGGAACGUUAUUAAAUCUGUACCAGAAGGCCCUGUACAGUUACUGAUCAGAAAACGCAGAACUUCAGUGUGAUGGAAGCAUUAGAUCUAGUGACACUUACUAAGAGAAAAGAUUUAAAACUGGCUGGAAGCUGUUUUUUGAUUCUAAAACCAACACAGAAGUGUCUUAAUACUCUACAGAGAGGUGCUAAGAGCCUUGGAGAACCACUGAGCAAGCGCGUGAAGAGCAUCAUAAAAUCUCACCUAAUUAUCAAGGAUGAAGGAAGCCAAAUGUUAGAGACACUUUUGUAUUAUGUGGCAGUUUUAAUGGAACUUCAAGACCUCUCCUGGGUUUGAUUUUAAAUAUUUUGACUGAGAUAAAUAACACUGUGCCUGUCCCCGAUAGAUUUAGUAUCUGCAGAGGGAGUAUAACUUGUUGGUUGCCAUCCUGUUGACAAGGAUGGGUAUUUAGACUGUACUGUAUAACGCAGCUGUAAUAAGGCUUCAGAACACUGACUAAGGGUCUGGUCCUUUUCUGUUGUAAUAAGAGAAUGUCUGGAACAAUCUCACUUUAUUCUUCUAAGUGCAGUUUUACUAGAAAUGCAUGACAAAAGAGUUUAAUUUUGCACAAUUUUAAUGCCUAAAACAUCAGCAUUUUAUUGCAAAACUGGAAAGUCCUUCAAUUGUGGUGAAUGCCGAGUCAGUUCAUGAGUUCUAAAAACUGAUGAACUGACUCGCCAUCCACCACAAUUGAAUUGAAUUUUAGAUGUAACUUGUAUCUGAAAGCACUUGGCAUUAAUGUGGUAGAAAUCUGUGAGCAAGAGCAUCAUGCCCACCAAGGUGUAGACUGAGCUGUUAGUUAUGAUUAAAAUGGGAGCAAUAAAAAUUGGGGUCUGAAUUUUCAUAUUUAAGGUUUGCAAUGUUAGAGACCUUAAAAAAAUUUUUCUUUAAAAAAAAAAGAGGGGUUAUUUUGUGUGCUGAGCUCUUGCAGAUCUCAUAGACUUAAGCGAUCACAAAGCACAUCUGAAAGCCAGGCUGCUUUUAUUUGGCUGCAGGAGGGAUUUCAACGUGUUAAGUCUGAACUGGCUAUAUUUGUGGUGGCUUUUAAUUGCUCUUUUUUGUCUUCUCUUGUCCAGUAUUUAUUUUUGCUUGUGUGAGAGUGGGUGAGGGUAUGUGUGUAAGAUAUAAGUACAGCUGGCUGUGUCAGGAAGAUGCUGACGCUGAGCAUUCUGGAUGACGAAAGUGAACACUGUUUGUGUAGAUGGGAGAAACCGUGCUGUUAGAUACAGCAAAACUGACACGGUUGCAGUGUGUGAGCAUUUCUUUUUGAUUUUCUCACCUCUACUCACGGUAGAGGCACCAGUAGCAGAGCAUGCUGCUGAGUGUUAUUUGUAAUCUGCCGUGCUGGCAGGAGAGUGUGUGGGUGCAAGAGGUUAGACUCUUACUUCUAUGAUAGCUAAACAACAUAAAAGAGAUACAGGAGGGAAAGGGCCAGUGUCCUUCUCAGCUGAGGAUAAGUUGUUUGUUCCAGAGUGCUCAGGUUGUUUGUCACAUUAGGCUGGAGACUGUUGCAGCCACCCUGCCCAGCGUGAAGAGCUUUCAGCCUGGAGAUGGUCCAGAUCUAAAGUGCUGCCUGUGUUUCUAGUGAGCCAAGGCACUGCGUAGCUGCUGCAUAAAGGUCUGGGCUUGUCGCUUGGCCCUGCACCAAGAUCAUACUGUAGUUCAGUUUAUUUAGAUUUAUUCAGCAGUGCUUGGAGCAAUGCCUCCAGGUUAGUGGAGCACUCGCUUCGCUUCAUUUCUGUGACAGCUUCAUUAGACUGCAACUCAUGACGUGCAGAGGAAAAUUCAGUUCUGCAAAGCAACCUGAGACCAGGCAAGCAGAAAAGCUGUGCAAUAUUUCCCUGAAAAUGAAUAAAUUUAAUUAUUUUUCAGUGACAUAUUAGCAUGUGAAUCAAGGGAGAGAUGCAACUUUUGGUUACAGGAAAGACAAUUUUGUACAUAUUCCAAUAGCUGCUUUGCCUGCAGGAUUUCUGUGGAAACCAAUUCAGGUUCAGUGCUAUGAAAGAACAGUGGAACUGGGUCCCCUGUGACCCUAAAGCUCAGUCACUCCAUCGGGACUGGUCCUUGCCUCCGGUCACCUCCAUGGUGGGAGAGGCUUCAGGAGGAUGCAGCUUUUUGGGUCAGAGGACCACAAUGAGGUUGUCAGCCUGUGCUAGGAUACAAGAGGUUACCCCUGCAUAGUUGCUGAAAAACAGGGAGAAGACAUUUGGCAAUGACAAUUAAAUGGCAAGGCUUUCUUCAGGAGUGACCCAAAUCUGAUUGCAAUAGCGUGUAUAAUAGAUACAUAAAAUGCAUGUGGAAUUUAAUGCAGCGUAGUGAAUACAUACCUGUAUACACAUAAUACGUACAAGCGCAGUACUGAGUUUUUGCUGCUUUAAUGUGGUCACAGUUGUGUUUUAGGAAAUGGCUUUUUUUUUUCAGUCCGCAGUUUGAAAUUUUGGAGGUUCCAACGCAGGGAGGUGUAUGUCUCUCUUGCUUCUAAACUGGUGUGAGCUCAAAGGUAAAGUCUUCAUUUUGUAAAUUAAACUUAAUUUGAGGUGCUUUAAGAUGAUAGGUGGUAAAUAUUUUCAGAUGCUUAUUUGCAGGUACUGUUUAUUGUGAGUGAUUUAGAAGGCUUUCAGUUUUCAGUAAUCGAAUACUGUUUGGUAUUUUAUUUUACAUGCACGUAGAUAUGUGUUGGCUGAGUAACGGCAAAAAGAGGGGGGGAUUUUUGUGUGUGAUUCAGUAGUGGCUAUAAUUUAAAAGAUAGGUUUAGUGUUUUAAGUCAGAUAGUUACUAUGGAUAGAAUGAUAGACUUUUCUACUAACAUUACAGCAAGAAAAAGAAGAAUAUUUAACCCCGAUUGUUUCUGUUCCAGAAAAUAAUUUGUUUGUUUUGUGAAAGAACAAGAAACAUCUUUUCUGAUGGUACCGGUGUUGAUAUGACUACAGUUGCAUUUCCUGAUGUCUCUGUUGGGGUGACUUUCCCCACAAAAGUGCCAGGAUUUAGGCAGUCUGGGUCUGCUUUGUUUCAGACAGGAUGAACAGACCAAACAGAUGUGGUGAACCUUUGGUUAUGCACCUGGCAAAGUAAAUACUCUUUCUAAGAGCCUGGUUACACCAAAGUGACAAAGGGCAUUGCAUUCAUUCAUCAUUACUCAGUAGGUUCACGAGCAUUUUUGGCCUUGCUGUUUGCAUAUGGGUCCCCAUAGUGAUUCUUUGCCAUGCUGCAGGGUUGGCCAGGCUCUAGGAGAGCAGUGACUCUCCAGAGACUGUAAGUUGCAUCUUGGAAGACCAAAAACUCAGGAUGAAAUUACAGACUUGGUCCACAACUCUUCACCAGGGACCUGAAGUCCUGGGUCACAUCCUGGAUGUGAGAGUGGGCUCUGGUGAGAUACUGCCAUUGCAUGUUUUGCAGCCUUUUGUAUCUGGAAGCUUUUUCCAGCUUCUGUGGGGAUUUGCAUCUGUAUUAAAAACUGUGAGAUUAGGCCUAAAUUAGGGAGGGAGCAACAUCUGAUCAUUUUCUUUUUUAAAAAAAAAAAAAAGAGAGAGAGAAAAUAUGAGGGCAGGUAAGUAUUAAUAAGCAGUCGAGUGAUUAAUAUUUUCUAAUGAUCUUCACCUAACUCUAGUUAAUGUUCUGCAGUGGUUCUUGUCAAAGUCUGAAGGAACUAUUCCCAGAUGGGAAUGUUUACCUGGUUCUACAUUUAGGGGAUAUAAAUGUAUACGUGGAACUAUUGAUAAGCAGUAGACUAGAUUAUAUGAGAAAUGGGGAUCCCACUGUAGUUAGGUUUUGAGUGUUAGGCUGAUACACUUAUUGUAUGAUAUUGUAUAUUUACACUUUUAUUUAUAUAAAUAAAACUUCUUUUAAUGAAAACUGUUUAAUAUGCCUUGUAUAUUACAAAAAAAAAGUGAGUGCAAUAACAUGAAAUAGAUUGUACAUUUUUCAAUUUGCUGUCUCUGUUAUGUAAAUCUGUAUUGCCAUAAACUGUUUUGUUUCAGGUUUUUAGUGAUUUUGGAAAUAAAUGGUAUCCUUAGUA